AUGGAUAACAAGGUGAUUCAGUGAUGACGCAGAAUGAAACUCAAUAAAAGUCAAGGAUUGAUGUAGAGGACUAAAACAGAGGAAGGAACUCUUCUUAAUGAGGGUGCUUCAGAUAAAACGUCUGGCUGGAAAUAAAGGGAGACAGUAACGCUGAAACAUGACGAUACUGUAGCAGACUUCUGCUCUGCUUUGUGUUUCAUCACACUCUUUCAAUAAUAUUCAAUAUCUUACAGAUACAGCUACACAUUAUGGAUGCAAUAGAAAAACAGCUCUGUAUUUACUCGGCACUUUCAUAAUCCUAUAGUACUGUAGUUAUAAUGUAUUCAGGAAUAUAUACAGUGGGGAGAACAAGUAUUUGAUACACUCCCGAUUUUGCAGGUUUUCCUACUUACAAAGCAUGUAGAGGUCUGUCAUUUUUAUCAUAGGUACACAGGAUUGUUGACAUAUAUUAGACAUCUGUAUCUUAAAGCAUAAUUGAGAAAUACAUAAUGUUUCAUCUGUAUUAUUUUUUACCUUUAUUUAUCCAGGCGAGUCAAUGUGAGAGACGGAAUCUAAAACAAAAAUCCAGAAAAUCACAUUGUAUGAUUUUUAAGUAAUUAAUUUGCUUUUUAUUGCAUGACAUAAGUAUUUGAUACAUCAGAAAAGCAGAACUUAAUAUUUGGUACAGAAACCUUUGUUUGCAAUUACAGAGAUCAUACGUUUCCUGUAGGUCUUGACCAGGUUUGCACAUACUGCAGCAGGGAUUUUGGCCCACUCCUCCAUACAGACCUUCUCCAGAUCCUUCAGGUUUCGGGGCUGUCGCUGGGCAAUACGGACUUUCAGCUCCCUCCAAAGAUUUUCUAUUGGGUUCAGGUCUGGAGACUGGCUAGGCCACUCCAGGACCUUGAGAUGCUUCUUACGGAGCCACUCCUUAGUUGCCCUGGCUGUGUGUUUCAGGUUGUUGUCAUGCUGGAAGACCCAGCCACGACCCAUCUUCAAUGCUCUUACUGAGGGAAGGAGGUUGUUGGCCAAGAUCUCGCGAUACAUGGCCCCAUCCAUCCUCCCCUCAAUACGGUGCAGUCGUCCUGUCUCCUUUGCAGAAAAGCAUCUCCAAAGAAUGAUGUUUCCACCUCCAUGCUUCACGGUUGGGAUGGUGUUCUUGGUGUUGUACUCAUACUUCUUCUUCCUCCAAACACGGCGAGUGGAGUUUAGACCAAAAAGCUCUAUUUUUGUCUCAUCAGACCACAUGACCUUCUCCCAUUCCUCCUCUGGAUCAUCCAGAUGGUCAUUGGCAAACUUCAGACGGGCCUGGACAUGCGCUGGCUUGAGCAGGGGGACCUUGCGUGCGCUGCAGGAUUUUAAUCCAUGACGGCGUAGUGUGUUACUAAUGGUUUUCUUUGAGACUGUGGUCCCAGCUCUCUUCAGGUCAUUGACCAGGUUCUGCCGUUGUAGUUCUGGGCUGAUCCCUCACCUUCCUCAUGAUCAUUGAUGCCCCACGAGGUGAGAUCUUGCAUGGAGCCCCAGACCGAGGGUGAUUGACCGUCAUCUUGAACUUCUUCCAUUUUCUAAUAAUUGCGCCAACAGUUGUUGCCUUCUCACCAAGCUGCUUGCCUAUUGUCCUGUAGCCCAUCCCAGCCUUGUGCAGGUCUACAAUUUUAUCCCUGAUGUCCUUACACAGCUCUCUGGUCUUGGCCAUUGUGGAGAGGUUGGAGUCUGUUUGAUUGAGUGUGUGGACAGGUGUCUUUUAUACAGGUAACGAGGUUCAAACAGGUGCAGUUAAUACAGGUAAUGAGUGGAGAACAGGAGGGCUUCUUAAAGAAAAACUAACAGGUCUGUGAGAGCCGGAAUUCUUACUGGUUGGUAGGUGAACAAAUACUUAUGUCAUGCAAUAAAAUGCAAAUUAAUUACUUAAAAAUCAUACAAUGUGAUUUUCUGGAUUUUUGUUUUAGAUUCCGUCUCACACAGUUGAAGUGUACCUAUGAUAAAAAUUACAGACCUCUACAUGCUUUGUAAGUAGGAAAACCUGCAAAAUCGGCAGUGUAUCAAAUACUUGUUCUCCCCACUGUGUGUAUGUGUGUAUAUAUAUAUCCUAUCAUAGGUAUCCACCGUUUCAACUUAAAGUAUUGCAUGAUUCUUGGUCUCAGUAGAAACUGAACAAAUAGCAUAACAAAAACCCCAAAUUCACCCAGAAUAUUUCCCCCACUGUGUAGUUGACUUGUCGGCUGUGUGGGAAUACAGUACCAGAGCUGCACUGCAGAGGGGGAGGAAAUGUCUUUGAAGUCCUCUACAUUAUCUCUUUCUGCUGCAGAUAGGAGCAGGGGGUGGAACCGGCAGAUCCUGACUCCUGUCCCUGUAUAAACACAUUACAGCUCUCUGAUCAAAGUCAUUAUGGACUGUUAAUGUGUUAUUGUUCCUUAUAUAGAAUAACUUCACAAUUAAGCGUCAGAGCUGAUAUCUUGUUGUUUCUGCUUGUCUAAUAGACCAUUAGUCCACUGUGUCCUGGGUGCUGUGUUAGUUUGAAUGCGCAAUCCAGGAUCUAGGAGUCUUUCACUGCAUGACUGUCAUUACUGUUCAAGAACUGUUUACAUGCUGAUUUGUAAAUGUCACAAUCGAUAUUAACCACACAGUAAUUCAUUUGGAUUCCGCUGAGAGCGUGACGUAGUUAACAAGUAGGUGUUUCAAAGGAUGUCUGAUGAAAUUCCUCCUGGAAUUUUGGUGGGAACCAGGAGGAGUAGCUAGAUUACUGUACUUGUCCGCAAGUUGGUAGUUUAAUAUGUAGAGUCAACAUCCAAACAAGAAUUUAGUCGACAAAAUGUGGUGGCAUUGCAUCAGGGCAAUUCCACGGUACGCUUUGACUCAGUUUUUUCACAUUAAAAUGUAUGCCAAACAAAAACCAUUGAUUUAAAAGUUUAACAAACCACACGGCUAUGCACAAUUUCCACAUUUACAAAAACACAUUUGGUGGAAGAACUGUGCAGAUGCAAACUUUGGUAACAGAAAUACAUAAUUAUGGAAAUGAAUGCCAUUCUCCUCAUGUUUCACAAGUUUGGACAGCACAGCAGUGCAGAGAAUAGCAGAGAAUAGCAGAGUAGAGUAGGGUAGAGUAGAGUUCGGUACAGUAAAGUUCAGUAUAGUUCCGUACAGUACAAUAUACUCUACUGUAAUCUACUUAGCUUUACUGUAUUGUACCGUACUAUUGUAUUGGACUGACACUACUGUGCUCUACUCACUAGUGUUGUCAUGAUACCAGAAUUUUGACUUCGAUACUGAUACCAGGUUUAGUAUCACGAUACUCGAUAGCAUCACAAUAUUCGAUACCAAAACGAUACCGCAACAAAAAAAAGAAGGCUUAUUAGCCAAAGUCACAGAAUGGCACUUGAUCCAGACAGAUAAACUCAGCUACUGCUCUGUUCAAUCGUUGGGCAUCUUUUGAAUUCAAUAUUAUUACAUUUGAAAAUGUUUCUGUACAUGUUUUAGAGACAGCCAUGUAUGUAUGUAUCAAUGAAUACAUUUUACUAUCAAUGUGGCAUAGUUGUAGCAAUAAUUUUGACUUUGGUAAAAAAUCUAACUACAUAACAACAUAAUGGUAAUCAGUUAUUUGAAUAGUAAAUCUCUUGAUAAACUGGGUAUAGGUAUUUUCACAAUACAGGUGAAUGCAUAUUUUUCAAUAGCAGUGUGUGCAUGCAUUAAGUUAUUGAGCUUGUUUUAGCUGAUUUCAUGGGGCUACAGAUGACAAACAAUCCCUUCCAUUUAGAACUUAUUUUAUUGGCAACUGCUAGGAGAACAUAUUUUAUUAUCAACAACAUGUGCAUAGAACAGGGAUGGGCAACUUUGAUGGGGGUGGGGACCACAAAAAUCUGAACUCAUCAUGAGGGGCCGCAGUUGCUUGCGGGUCUGCGUACCACAUGUGUAUAUCACAUUUUUAAAUGUUACCUUUUUAUAUUCUACUAUUCUAACUUGCAACAGUAAGUUGAGACCCUGACUAAAUUGAUCCGAGGGCCUUCAAAAUGCGCCCUGCAGGCCGCCAGUUCCCCAUCCCUGUCAUAGAAGAAGCAAUCUCUUAUUUUAUAAAAGUGUGUGCUGUCUCUUUAAGAAAGUAAAGACGUCAUUCGCCAGGCAGAACCUGGCAGUGGAAUCGGACUUUCUGGCUAUGAAAUUUAGUGGAAACCAGACAGGAGGCUUGAGAGACGAAGAAGUUAAUGAGUUUUUGGUGGCAAGGGAGACCAAGUGAAUUAAUAACGUUUUUGGUGACAAUAAGCUUUAAAAUCAGUCGUUUCCAUCUUACCGUCCAAAUGCAUUGUAAGCAUCCUCCUUAACUAGAUUACAUUUUACAUUUACAUUUUAGUCAUUUAGCAGACACUCUUAUCCAGAGCUACUUACAGUAGUGAGUGCAUUUUUCGUACUGCGUCACCCGUGAGGAAUCAAACCCACAACCCUAGUGUUGAAGCGCCAUUCUCUACCAACUGAGCUACACGGGACUACACGGAGCUUUCAUGGCCGGGAUACGUUUAUUUAAUUUUCUGGCGCACACAGCUUCAGGAUUGUCCUUGUCCUUGAACCUCAGGAACUUGACCACUAUCAGCCUGGGCCUGUCACCUGGGCCAGUGGUGGGUUUUCCAAUGCUGUGGGCCCACUCCACCUCAAUCUUCCUGUGGUCCAUCUUCAGUUUCUCCGAGGUCAUUACCCUCACUUUGUCCUCAGACUCCGUCCAGGACUCGUGGAAAUUCCGUCCACAACAAUGUUGUUCCGCCUUGAUUGUCCCUCGAGAUAAUCAGAUUUCUCAUUUAUUGUUAUCAUGGAUUCACAUACAGAACUGAUGUCCUCUCUCAAGGACUUACAGAUUGCUGUCAUCUUGCCGUUUUCCUGUUUAAAGUCAUCGAGCUGACCCUGGGAGAACUACAAACUGUUCUUCAGGUCCUGGACCUCUGGUCAGGUCAUCCAUUAUUUUAUUAAUUGAGUCCACCAGUAUUUGGACACAACACUUGAAGCAAUUUUCUUGUUGUUGUAACAACUGCAAAUAUGUUUGUUUAAAAGAUCCUUCACCUGUGAUCGAGACACCACUGUCCACAAUGGGACUCCCACCGUCUUUGUUAUGGUAGCAACGUAGGCUACGCUGUUACUCCUCACAGUUUCAGACAGGGCAGGUCACAGGGAAGAUGGAAACAGCAACAAAUAGUAGGGAUCUAGACAACUUAAUAAUUCAAAAAAAUUGAAAUCAGUUAAAUCACUAACUGAUUGGUAGGUCUACCUUUACUUGUUACUUCUGUGAACUUUCAUUAUCCUCUCUCCUCAUGAGGGAAAUAUCUUAAAUAUAUGUGGGUUUUUGGUAACAGGAUUUUGGUAACGGCAAUAUUUCUUAAACUUACUGAAGGGAAGAAAAAUGUGUUGAUAUUAGUUGGCAUGGGUUUUUAGGUCAACGUGUUUUGAUGAUGUAUUUCUGAAACUUUUUAAGACUUUCUGGUUUAAAAGAAUGUAGGACCCCAUUUCCAUCUUAUGCAGAAAUCAAGGCCUUUACUUAUGCAACAUUUUUAAGAUGGAAAUUGUUGAAAAAUGUAUCUAUGCCUUCAUUUCCCCAACAAAUUGACUCUUAACUUUCAUUUGACAUCCAAUUUUGAUAUGCUCCUAUAAACUUCACAUGGGUCCUUUUCGAUGGAAAGGCUAUAAAACAUAAUGCACAAUGGUUGUUGUUAGUAGUUUGAGUAAUGUUUAUCAGAGACAGGAACUCUGACUCACUGUUGCUCUGUGAAACCCAGAGUGCGCUGACACUUGUUGCCCUCAGGAAGACAGACUUGUAUCUCAUUCCACUGUGGAACCUGUCAUGAAUCACGUUCCUGUCAUGUUCUCCAGUCCUUCUCCCAGAGUCUCUGUGCCUUGAACCUGGGUGAGGCUGGAAGAAGGUUGUGCAUUUCAUGGCCUGGGGCUCCAGUAUGUGAGCGGCCUAGUGGGGGAAGGGGGACGGGGGUUAAGUGUGGGUGCCAGUGGGGGGAGGUGACAGUUGGAGGGGAACAGCUGCAGUCCUCACCGAGGCCCUCAUGCUGAGCUCUGACACAACCGUGAAAAGAUAACAUCCUCCCUGCUGUGGCCCACUGAGGAAUCUGGAAGGUUGACCCUACUCGGAGGUGGGUUAACAGGGCUAUGUCAGCCAUGGAAUGGCUCUCCGGCAGAUGGAUCAACAACCAGAGGCUCGUACAGACUGGAGACAAGCCUAAUCUCCUUGUCCAAGGCCCUGGCAAGGCCCUUUGACAACCAGGAGGCAGUUGGACACAAAAAGAUUCUACAUCCCAGAGCUGCAUACAAUGGACAGAUACAAAUUGAACUGGUGACCUUGUUUACUCGUACUGUAUAUCUGGAAAUGAGGGAUUCAGACGGUAGUCACUAGUAUCAUCAAAUAAGUUGCCAUAUUGAAUUUCUUCAAGGGUUUGUCUUCUGUUUCAAAUUGACUUUCAAUCAGUUUCAAACUGAGUUCCAAAGAGUUUCAAACUGAGUUCCAAAGAGUUUCAAACUGAGUGGAAACGGGAGAUAAAGAGCUUGGUGUUUACUGUUUUAGAUGGCAGUUUAUGUGGGUCACUCAGGAUUUGUGAAAGAUGUUUUUUGAGGCACUCACUACAAACUCAAUCUGAGGAGCCGAUUCUAGCAGCUUAACUGCUAUUUACAUGGGGAAAAUCACUACUCAUCAGUGCUGUGCUGCUGUGUCUACUAUCCUGUCAGAUAUGAAUUCUCCAGAUGUUAUUUUUAAUUCCUUGAAUAAAUGACAUGGGGUAUGUUGAUAGUACACUAUUCUAAUCUCCAUGUCUAUUAUAGUCUCACUUACUUCUCUGUUUGUUCUUCUUCAUGCUGAAAUGGGAAGCUGCUCUAUUUGCAGCUGUCUUACAUAAGUCGUGGAGCGGUGGACCAGACACUCCCUGGUUGGACUAGAAGACCAGUGGAAUGAAAUGAGUCUUCUUUGUCUGUUGUUGUCAGCCAUGUGUCAUUAGAGUGCAGGUGGAUGUUGAGGGGUCAGACUGCGGGAGGAGGUGUGUGUGUGUGUGUGUGUGUGUGUGUGUGUGUGUGAAGCAGGGGGUGAGUGUGUGUGUGUGUGUGUGAAGCAGGAGCGUGUGUGUGUGUGAAGGCUGUAACUCCCCCAGCUAGGAGGCACAGCUGAGUGUGGGAGGGGCCCCCUCUCUCUGUAGCCUGGGUGUGAGUCUACGACUGGGAGGCUCAGACAUUCAGACAGAGUACUCUGAGAGAGGGAAGUUGGUGCCUGAAGAGAGCUAUAGGGGUUCUGGAGAACUUCCCUAACUUUACCCUGCAUAAGGCAUUUCUCCAUUGGACAUGCUGGCUGCCUGUUGCUGCUCUUUGGGAUCUAGUGAGGAGAUUUGUGGCCACAGCUGUUGACAAUGCAAGGAAGGGCUAACAAAGCUCCUAAGAAGGAGCUGGUGAUCGAGUCACCCCAGCAAUACAAGAGCUUGGCUGGAGCCGAGGCAGAGGUGGAGGCAGCGCCACAGGUGGUGGUAAGUCACGGCAUGGGGGGUUACUUAGCCAUGGUUUCUGUUGAGACACUAAAAGUUACUGAAUUUCCUUACCACAUGUUUUAAGUUUACUUUGGAAACUUGAAGUAGGAGCUGAAACGGUUACUUCAUCACAUUUCAGCAGUACUGUUGUGGAUAUGGUUUAUAGUAAAAUAUCUGUAGCACUCUAAGUAUUCCUUUUUGUGGCGUAGUUGUUGCAUAACUGUUGUGUGAAGCAGGUCAGGUGCUUGGAAGCUCUGAGCUGACCUUGCCCUGCCAUGCAGCUUCAUGGCUAGUCUAAAAAUCCAGUCUCCUUUUAUCAGAUCUAAAUUAUUCCACACAAUGGUGUGGGCUCACAUUUCAAAGUGCUUUGUGAGCCCAACUGGAGAGGAACAUUGGACUCUGCUGGUGCUAAAUUAGCUGCAUGGAUAAGACCAAGGCAGUUAAUUGCAUUCUUUAGAGGUAAUUACUGUGGUGUAUACCUCUCAUAAAAGUUCCCUCUUUGCUCCUUAAGCUCAAAAGUCAAGCAUAAUAAGAGGUACUGUUUAAUCCACGGCAGGUUGAAUCUUUCAUCCGUUUGUCCUAAACAGUCAUUGAACAGCAUAUUUUAACCAAAGUAAAGUAGCAACUGUAUCCAAUAUGAAGGCACCACAGAGCACCAUUGUUCCAAUGUACAGCAGGAGUGUAGUGAGAGGUGCAGAGUAGGGAGAGAUGGGAGCCAAGGCCUGGGGAAACACAGCUGUCAGAGUGGUAGAGAGUUGGUCUUGGAAGAUUUGGCUCCAGAAGCAGCUAUUUGUUAACUCUUUCUCUUCAAGGGGUUGUGGUUUGUUUAUGAAGCUAAUAUCCAGAUGUGAGAGUAAUAGCUAUGUUAUACUCCUUUGGACUGAUUGUCCUAUAAUUGUAAGGCUUUGGUUACUGCAAAUGUGGAACUGACAUUUAUAUCAAAAGGCUUCCCAGAGGCACUUGUUUUGAAAAAGGGAUAGUUACCCUUCUGUUUCAAAUCAUAUUCACUAUUUAACAAUGGUGUUACUGAGCCUCACUACCCAUUGUUUAUGGUAAGUCUCUGGUAACCCUCAACAGGCGUUUGAUUUGCCAAUCUCUACAGCAGGGGUGUCAGACUCAUUAUUCCUGCGGGCCGCAUCAGUGUCUGGAGGGCCGCACUAUCUAUCGUCCUCUCUCAUUUUUGGAAUGUUCCUAAAUGCUUCCUGACUAUCCAGCUUUCGUUUUGGUGUUUCUUAGCAACCUGGAAAGAGUGAAGAGUAUAUAAAAUGUAGGUCCAAUAUAAUGUCUACACAAUUUCUAUUUGGUUUUAGUCAUUUCAAUGUGACAAUGUAUUUUUUAUAUUUUGUAUAAAUGUUUUACUCAAACCACCCGCGCCACAUUGAAUGGGCUCCGGCCCGCGGGCGUUGACUUUGACACGUACUCUACAGGAAGGAUGCUGAGGUUAUGUACUAUUAUCUACAAGGCUAAAAUACAGUGGGGGCUGUACUGUACAGUAAGAGGAACAGGGUUGUUGGUACAGCAGUGGACUGGACUGUGGUCAUUGCUGUGGGCUGAGGGAGUGAAAAUGACUGGGCUCCAGUCAGUGAAUAGACAUUUUCUUAUCCGAUGCUUACUCUGUGGUUUGGCUGAACAGGCUCAUCUGGUCCCUGACAUAGGCAUAUGGUAAACCUCAACGGACGGUGGGAGGAAGGCUGACAAUAGGCAAGAUUCUAGUCAUGAGGGAGAGUUUGUAGGCUCAGGAAUUCAUCAACAGUAAGAGGAGGAGGAAGACAAGCCUAAUAAUAACGUUAUUACAUGUUGUUUAACCUCCAAACAUCCGAAAUGUCAAGCCACAGUUAUGCAAUGAUUUUCAUGUUGGAUGAGGACUUGUGGGGUGGUAAAGUGAUAUCGGUAAAGUAGUUGUGAUAUUGAUAAAGUAGGACAUGUAUACUAUUUGUCUUCAAAUCCAUGUACUGAAUGCAACAAGCUUUUUGUGUGUUUUUAUUCCAAGUGAGUAGAGUGUUGUUGGUGACUGUAGACUGAUGGUUGACAUACUGUUGUAAAAUCUGGCAGCAGUCACCUGACCCCCAGGUGUGUGUCCUACCCAGAGGAUGUGUGGGGAAAUCCCUGUAAUGAGGUUCCAACAGUAUUGUCUCCUUUGGGCUAAUAGUGUACCCAUGUACAGUAAACAUAACUGUCAUAUUCAAUGAGCAGUCACUGACUUAGAGGCGGGUUUGGCUCUCAAAGAAUGCAGCAGGCAAUGAACAGGUUAAUACCUGGGUUCAGGAGAGGUAGCUCUGUGUUUAUGAUGUUAUAUAGCUAGGGUUUACAGUAGCUGUCUCUGACAGGUUACCUGUGUGUAGCCCCACGCAAAUCAGCGACUCUGCUCUCUGAUCAUAGCGAUGUGGAGUUAUCAGCUGACAGAGGAUGAACACACACACACUCACACACACACACAGGUAGUCUGUCUGGACUGUUAUCUCCUGUUAGUCUGUAAUCAUGUCUCCUGACUCACCUGGCCUGUCUGCUUCAGUGCAGAGCGUGACUUCCGACUUCAUUCCUCCUCGUCUCAGUGUGUCGAAGAGCGUGAGUGUGUGUGUGCCUUUCGUGUGACACCUCUCUGCAGGUAUGUUUGGGCACGUUUGUGUGCAUGUCAUGUUCUUCGGAGUACGUGUGUGUAUUCAUACUUGCAUAAGCCAUCGUUGCUCCUCUGAACUGAAUCAUGUCUGAUGAUCCCCCACAGGCUGGUAGCAGCCAGGAAGACCCCCUCCUCUUCACUGUCUUGCACUGGUCCUCUGGACUGUGGCUGUGAGAGGGACAGGAACAUGGAUCUCACCAGUCAACGUUGAUAGGUGCUGAAUGUGUUAUUAGUAUGGCCACUAGCAACACAUCUUAAAACUGGUCCAUUUCCAAGACUCUCCCUCUGAGAUCAUACUUCGUAUUAUCAGGCCCAGAUGUCGAAGCAACAUGCAAACUGUACUGGAGCUCAACCCCAAGACCUGGCUAGCAACACGCUUCACUUCACACCUCACUAUCUCUCUGAGAUAAACACACACAGGCUUCAGAUUUAUAGUUCUAGCCAUUAUCUAGUGGAGCUGUUGAGAGCGUUGAGACAUGGUCAUCUCAAGUGUUCUGUGUCUCUAAUGCCACUGUGUUCUUACUGCUUGAUGAGUGGAGAUCUGACUUGUGUCAUGUCGUAUACACUACCGUGAUGUAGCCUACCAUGAAUUCAACAUAAUCAUAUGUCACCUCUGUUUCGGUUAUUCAUAUAGUUCAAUGGACAUUUUCAUUUUGACUCAUGGAUGUGGUCUGUAGCAGUACUACUGACGUAGCUUAUGUAAUUAUUCUACUACCUGUUGUGGUACAACUUAUCCAAGCAGAAGACGUUACGUGAGACGAAAAGGCUACAGAUCUUUCCCUCUGGAAUGAAAUCAACAUUCUUAUCUGCGCAAGGCAUAAUGUCGAUAUGAACAACAAUUCUGUUUUCAAAAUACACAAAAGUCGAUUAUACAACGUUCCGUUGUUUUAGCUAACUGUAAUCAUAUCAAUAAGAAAACCAGAUGGAUUGGAAGGGGAUGUCCAAAGAUUCAUAUUUUAUCACUGCAUUCUGUGUACAUUAGGUAACAAACCUCCUACUCAUGGUGUUGCAUUGUAGCUGCUCAGUGACGGGACAGAGUUGUGUUUUAGCAGUCAGAGAGUGAGGUCAAAAUGAUCCUCCCAUCCGUGAGCUAGGUUAGGCGGAUGUAUUCUCUGUGGGCGGCUGCAAGCUGCAGGCUGGAGCUCUCAUAGGGCUGUCAUGGUUGGACUAACAGAUAGCAUGUGUGAGGACAGGGCCCAGCCAGCUAUAGAUUCUCUGAGCUCAACUUACAAUAUUGACUGCGUCCCACAGUGCACUACUUUUGACCAGGGCCCUACUGUCACUUCUGAGUUCUCCGGCUGAAAUCCACAUUUCCCUCAUACCUAGGGUAAAUGAGCCCACUUUCCACAUGCAAAAUAGUUUCCACUUUUAGUGCUCCUUGGGUUUGACUGAGUCUCUCUGAAGGUGAGCUGUCACCAUUCUUCAAUUUAGAAGGGAUGCUUUAAAGAGUCUCUGGGGUGACUUAAAUCCUCCGACUGACUGUCUAGAUGUUCAGACAGCUAUGGUGUUUUACCUUGACUACAAUGCACUUUACUGCACUUUGCCUGUCUUCUUGAUUUCUCUUACAAAUUACACUUCCCUGGUGAGGAUGAUGACAUUCUUCUGUGUUAGUUGUGUCUGAAUAGAUACCUGUAUAUUAACAGAGCACGUUUUGUUGUAUGUUACCCAGGUGAAGCCCAAGGUGAUCGAGCCGCUGGACUAUGAGAGUGUGCUGGUCCAGAGGAAGACCCAGAUCCUCAGUGAUGUCCUCCGGGACAUGCUACAGUUCCCCCUGGAGGACUUCCUGGUGAGUCACCUCUGACCUUCUGACCUGUCACUGAUAGGCUCACAGACCACUGAAUCAUAUUUUCAGGUAGAGGGCGAUUCCUCACGAAACUACAAAAAAACAGGAUUUUCAUCAUCUAAUCCAGGGGUGUCAAACUCAUUUUAGCUCAGGGGCCACAUGGAGGAAAAUCUAUUCCCAAGUGGGCCGGACCGGAAAAAUCAUGGUGUAUAUAUAACUUAAAAACAACAACUUCAGAUUGUUUUCUUUGUUUUAAUACGAUCAACAUACAACAUAAAGCUGGAGCCUGAGGACAGUGUGUCCAAAAUAGUACAAGCACAACAUCACUAUUAAUCAUAAAACACGUCAAGUUUAUUUGAAAAUUCUAAAGAAAAAGAACACACAAACACACAAUGCCUCAGUGAUUAACAGAACUGUUUCACAGAUCACAGAACUAUAUCAGGGUGUCAUUUCUCAGGCAGAAAUGUAGAUAAAAAUAAUGAAAUCCUGUUCCCCAAACAAGUGCAAGAACCACAGAGUCAAGAAUAGGUUAAAUAUACAAAUAAAAUCAAUUAAAAACAAUAGCACAUCAACAUAAAAACAUAUAAACAUAAAGCUGGAGCCUGAGGACAGUGUCCAAAAGCACAACAUCACUAUUAAUCAUAAAACACCUCAAGUUAUUUGAAAGUUCUGAGGACAAAGAACACACAAACACACAAUGCCUCAGUGAUUCACAGAAGUAUAUCACAGAUCACAGAACUAUAUCAGGGUGUCAUUUCUCAGGCAGAAAUGUAGAUAAAAAUAAUGAAAUCCUGUUCCCCAAACAAGAGCAAGAACCACAAAGUCAAGAAUAGGUUAAAUAUACAAAUAAAAUAAAAUCAAUUAAAAACAAUAGCACAUCAACAUAAAAACAUAUAAACAUAAAUCUGAAAGCGUUGCUCAAACUCCCAUAACAGUCCCGUUAUUUUAUCUUUGAACCGCUUCAUGUCUGCCACAUGUUGGGUCGCGCACACAUUUUUCAGACAGGGGAAGUGAGCUGCAUCACCACCAGCAAGUUGCGUCUCCCACAAUGACAGCUUCAACUUGAAAGAACGUAUGCUGUCAUAAUACUGCGUGACAACUUUGUUGCGCCCUUGCAGCUGUUUGUUCAAGUUAUUCAGGUGCUCUGUAACAUCCACCAUAAAUGCAAGGUCCUGCAUCCAUUCUGCGGAAUGAAAUUCUAACACUGGUUUGCCCUUUUCUUCCAUGAACUGUUCAAUUUCUUCUCGUAAAUCAAAGAAACGCCUCAGCACAGCACCUCGGCUUAACCAUCUUACCUCAGUGUGGUAUGGCAGGCCAUAGAUGUGGUCUUUCUCUCUGAGAAGGCUGUCAAACUGACGGUGAUUCAGGCUUCUGGAUCGGAUGAAAUUAACAGUUUGGAUGACCACCUUCAUGACGUUAUCCAUCUUUAAUGACUUGCAACACAAAGCCUCCUGGUGCAAAAUACAGUGAAAAGUCAAAAAAUCACGUCCUCCAUUUGCAGAUUGCACUUUCUCUCUGAACUUUGUCACAACGCCUGCUUUUUUCCCGAUCAUUGAGAGCGCACCAUCUGUAGCCAGGCUGACAGCGCGGGACCAGUCCACUCCGACCCUGUCCAGCGCGCCGACGAGUGCGGUAAAAAUAUCAGCUGCUGUCGUUGUAUCUGUCAUCGGCACCAACUCCACGAACUCCUCGGUGACGGUCAAUGUGUCAUCAACUCCGCGGAUGAAAAUGGCCAGUUGUGCAACAUCUGUAAUGUCCGUGCUUUCAUCAAUUGCAACCGAAAACGCAAUAAAUGACUUUACUUUUUGCUUCAACUGGCUGUCCAAAUCCACUGAAAGAUCGGAAAUCCUGUCUGCAACUGUGUUUCUUGUCAGGCUGAUAUUUGCAAAAGCCUGCUGCUUUUCAGGGCACACAAGUUGUCAUAUUUGUCGGCAUGAAGACUCACAUAGUGGCGACGAAGGUUAUAUUCUUUCAGCACUGCAACAUGCUCUGAACACACCAAACAUACAGCUUUCCCAUUCAAUUCCGUGAAUAAAUAGGAUGACCAUUUUUCUUGGAACACUCUGCACUCUGCGUCCACUUUUCUCUUUUUUGACAGAGACAUAUUGGGGCAAUGAGGGUGCCAAAGCACAUAAUGUUAAAAGUAGAAGCCGUAAUAAAUAUCGCGGGCAAAACAAAGUAGCUCAUUGGCUGCACGUGCUUGACCUACUUGCUCUGCCCCGGUAUAAACAGUUUGCUUGCUUAACACAAUUGCUAUUGCGCCAUCCAGUGGACGCAAUUGGAACAGCAGUUUCUUUUAUUGAAAAAUUGCAGCGCAUUUUUAUACUUUACAAAAAAAUAUAUAUAUAUAAAAAAAUAAAAAUCCGAAAUCAUCUCGCGGGCCGGAUUAAACCCGUUUGCGGGCCUGAUCCGGCCCGCGGGCCGGACGUUUGACACCCCUGAUCUAAUCCGUAGAAGGUUCAUUUGGGGGAAGGAUUGUUGACAUAUAUUUGACUUUUGUAUGUUAAAGCAUAAUUUAGAAAUAAAUAAUUGGAGUUGGAACAUUUGUGACAUUUUGACCUUACCCAGGCCUCCUUUAAGACACCAUAAUGUUUCAUCUGUAGGUGCUACAAAGCAACAUAUGAAGAUUUACCUCUUGCUCUGUAAUAUGAGUAGUAUUUUUUAUUUAUUUAUUAUUACAUUAAUUUAUGAAUAUUGAAAUAUAUAAACAUGAAUAUUGAAAAUAUACAAUUUUUUGAUUUGGUAAAGGUUUCAAUAUAAUGUUGAACAUAUAGCCUACAGGCAUAUCAAAGUUCCAGAGUGGGAUCUCUGCUACUUUUAGAGUUAUAAUCCAUUUUUGUACGCAUUACCAACAGAGUGAAUGUGAAAAUGGAUUCAAAUUGGCCACCCUCUACUGGGGAUUUGCAGGAUGUCCAAUGAUGCAAGUAAAAGGAGGGCUGUGAUUGCCUACAAUGCCAUUUUCUCUGUGUGAAAUAGGCCACAACUUUAAAACUAGCAGAGAGCCCACCCAGUCUGGAACUUUGAUAUGCCUGGAGUGGACAGUGCUUUCAGAAAGUAUUCAGACCUAUAUUUACAUGUAUUCAGACCCUUUACUUAGUACUUUGUUGAAGCACCUUUGGCAGCGAUUACAGCAUCAAGGCUUCUUGGGUAUGACGCUACAAGCUUGGCACACCUGUAUUUGGGGAGUUUCUCCCUUUCUUCUCUGCAGAUCCUCUCAAGCUCUGUCAGGUUGGAUGGGGAGCGUCACUGCACAGCUAUUUUCAGGUCUCUCCAGAGAUGUUCGAUCGGGUUCAAGUCUGGACUCUGGCUGGGCCACUCAAGGGCAUUCAAAGACUUGACUCCUGCGUUGUCUUGGCUGUGUGUCUGAGGUCCUGAGCACUCUGGAGCAGGUUUUCAUCAAGUAUCCCUCUGUACUUUGCUCCAUUUAUCUUUCCCUCGAUCCUGACUAGUCUCCCAGUCCCAGCCACUGAAAAACAUCCCCACAGCAUGAUGCUGCCACCACCAUCCUUCACCGUAGGGAUGGUGCCAGGUUUCCACCAGACGUGACGCUUGGAAUUCAGGCCAAAGAGUUCAAUCUUGGUUUCAUCAGACCAGAGAAUCUUGUUUCUCAUGGUGAGAGUCCUUUAGGUGCCUUUUAGCAAACUCCAAGCAGGCUGUCAUGUGCCUUUUACUGAGGAGUGGCUUCUGUCUGGCCACUCUACCAUAAAGGCCUGAUUUGUUGGAGUGCUGCAGAGAUGGUUGUCCUUCUGGAAGGUUUUCCCAUCUCCACAGAGGAACUCUGAAGCUCUGUCAGAGUGACCAUCGGGUUCAUGGUCACCUCCCUGACCAAGGCCCUACUCCCCCGAUUGCUCAGUUUGGCCGGGCGGCCAGCUCUAAGAAGAGUCUUGGUGGUUCCAAACUUCUUCCAUUUAAGUAUGAUGGAGGCCACUGUGUUCUUGGGAACCUUCGAUGGUGCAGAAACAUUGUUUUGGUACCCUUUCCCAGAUCUGUGCCUCGACACAAUCCUGUCUCGGAGCUCUACGGACAAUUCCUUCCACCUCAUGGCUUGGUUUUUGCUCUGACAUGCACUGUCAACUGUGGGACCUUAUAUAGACAGGUGUGUGCCUUUCCAAAUCAUGUCCAAUCAAUUGGAUUUACCACAGGUCGACUCCAAUUAAGUUGUAGAAACAUCUCAAGGAUGAUCAAUGGAAACAGGAUGCACCUGAGCUCCAUUUUGAGUCUCAUAGCAAAGGGUCUGAAUACUUAUGUAAAGGUAUUUCUAAAAACCUGUUUUCGCAUUGUCAUUAUGGGGUAUUGUGUGUAGAUAGAUGAGGAAUUUUUAUUUAUUGAAUCAAAUUUAGAAUAAGGCUGUAACGUAACAAAAUGUGAAAAAAAGUUAAGGUGUCUGAAUACUUUCUGAAUGCACUGUAUAUUAUGUUCAACAAUAUAUAAAAGAAUAAGCCAAAUCAAAAAAUAUGAAUGUUUAUAUUUUUCAAUAUUCAUACAGUGGGGAGAACAAGUAUUUGAUACACUGACGAUUUUGCAGGUUUUCCUACUUACAAAGCAUGUAGAGGUCUGUAAUUUUUAUCAUAGGUACACUUCAACUGUGAGAGACGGAAUCUAAAACAAAAAUCCAGAAAAUCACAUUGUAUGAUUUUUAAGUAAUUAAUUUGCAUUUUAUUGCAUGACAUAAGUAUUUGAUCACCUACCAACCAGUAAGAAUUCCGGCUCUCACAGACCUGUUAGUUUUUCUUUAAGAAGCCCUCCUGUUCUCCACACAUUACCUGUAUUAACUGCACCUGUUUGAACUCGUUACCUGUAUAAAAGACACCUGUCCACACACUCAAUCAAACAGACUCCAACCUCUCCACAAUGGCCAAGACCAGAGCGCUGUGUAAGGACAUCAGGGUUAAAAUUGUAGACCUGCACAAGGCUGGGAUGGGCUACAGGACAAUAGGCAAGCAGCUUGGUGAGAAGGCAACAACUGUUGGCGCAAUUAUUAGAAAAUGGAAGAAGUUCAAGAUGACGGUCAAUCAUCCUCGGUCUGGGGCUCCAUGCAAGAUCUCACCUCGUGGGGCAUCAAUGAUCAUGAGGAAGGUGAGGGAUCAGCCCAGAACUACACGGCAGGACCUGGUCAAUGACCUGAAGAGAGCUGGGACCACAGUCUCAAAGAAAACCAUUAGGAACACACUACGCCAUCAUGGAUUAAAAUCCUGCAGCGCACGCAAGGUCCCCCUGCUCAAGCCAGCGCAUGUCCAGGCCCGUCUGAAGUUUGCCAAUGACCAUCUGGAUGAUCCAGAGGAGGAAUGGGAGAAGGUCAUGUGGUCUGAUGAGACAAAAAUAGAGCUUUUUGGUCUAAACUCCACUCACCGUGUUUGGAGGAAGAAGAAGGAUGAGUACAACCCCAAGAACACCAUCCCAACCGUGAAGCAUGGAGGUGGAAAAAUCAUUCUUUGGGGAUGCUUUUCUGCAAAGGGGACAGGACAACUGCACCGUAUUGAGGGGAGGAUGGAAGGGGCCAUGUAUCGCGAGAUCUUGGCCAACAACCUCCUUCCCUCAGUAAGAGCAUUGAAGAUGGGUCGUGGCUGGGUCUUCCAGCAUGACAACGACCCGAAACACACAGCCAGGGCAACUAAGGAGUGGCUCCGUAAGAAGCAUCUCAAGGUCCUGGAGUGGCCUAGCCAGUCUCCAGACCUGAACCCAAUAGAAAAUCUUUGGAGGGAGCUGAAAGUCCCUAUUGCCCAGCGACAGCCCCGAAACCUGAAGGAUCUGGAGAAGGUCUGUAUGGAGGAGUGGGCCAAAAUCCCUGCUGCAGUAUGUGCAAACCUGGUCAAGACCUACAGGAAACGUAUGAUCUCUGUAAUUGCAAACAAAGGUUUCUGUACCAAAUAUUAAGUUCUGCUUUUCUGAUGUAUCAAAUACUUAUGUCAUGCAAUAAAAAGCAAAUUAAUUACUUAAAAAUCAUACAAUGUGAUUUUCUGGAUUUUUGUUUUAGAUUCCGUCUCUCACAGUUGAAGUGUACCUAUGAUAAAAAUGACAGACCUCUACAUGCUUUGUAAGUAGGAAAACCUGCAAAAUCGGGAGUGUAUCAAAUACUUGUUCUCCCCACUGUAUAUGAAUGUAAGAAAAUUGUUAUUGAAAUCAAAAUACUACUCAUAUUAUAAGGCAAGUGGUAAAGCUUCAUGACAUAAAUAUUUCCUUUGUAGCACAUACCAGGCCGUCAUUGUAAAUAAGAAUUUGUUCUUCAUUGACUCGCCUGGAUAAAUAAAGGUAAAAAAUAAUACAGAUGAAACAUUAUGUAUUUCUCAAUUAUGCUUUAAGAUACAGAUGUCUAAUAUAUGUCAACAAUCCUUCCUCCAAAGGACACUUCUAUGGAUUACAUUUCGUGAAAAAAAAAAAAAAACAUGGUGCUGUUUAGUGAGGAAUAGAAUAGAAUUAGCACAGUCAUUGUAACUCAUUGUCAUCCCAAACUAUGUUUGGCUUGACAAGGACAGCAAUGGAGUUGCCAAGAGCACAAACAGAUCUGGGACCAGGCUCAAAUAGAAUACCAUCUGAGGAGAUUGCUAUAGAAUAAUACUCCAGAAUAGUUAGUGAGGUAAGGAUGGAUAUAAUUAAUUGCUGACAGUAAAUGAUCUGUCAAGUGAUAAGAUUUGUAUAGGUUCCAUACUAGUGUACCAUGUGAAUAAUUUAUGUUAUCUAUUCAUUUUUCAUCUAUCAACAUUAGUCAUCUCUGCCUCCCACGUAUGUUUUGGUUGUUAUGUUUGUUGUGAUUUCAUGAUAUUUCAGUGCGGCCCAGCCAGGCCCAUGUUGAGUGUAGGGCGAGGUCCUCCACAGAGGCUUUUCUUCUGUUUACAUCCCUUCAUGCUGUAAAGGUCAGGGGUCAUAUGUUUUAUUGGCUCAUUCUGCCUCUGCUGUUGUGAUAGAGUAAGGGUUAUCUCUAUCCCUAUUCAGCAGGACGUAGCCACUGUCACCCUCUCAAACGUUCCAUCGCUACACAACACGUGAUGCCCAGUGUGGAAACUAUGAAAUGGGAAUCUGGCCUGGAAUAAGCCCUUCAGGAAGUGAGAACACUUAGGAAGACGCUCUUAACAGCGGCAUGAAGGACGCUUUUAUAUCCGCAAAACCUGACCCAUCCUCACUGUCUCACGAUCCAACUGAUAUUUUAUAUAAGAGGGAUUUUUUUAUAGUUUUUUUUCUCUCAUCUAUUGAGAGAUUAUUUUGUUUCACAAGCAUAAUGGUUUUUACAUCUUUCCUUAGAAUAUACACUACCGGUCAACAUUUUUUGAACACCUACUCAUUCAAGGGUUUUUCUUUAUUUUUACUAUUUUCUACAUUGUAGAAUAAUAGUGAAGACAUCAAAACUAUGAAAUAACACAUAUGGAAUCAUGUUGUAACCAAAAAAGUGUUAAACAAAUCAAAAUAUAUUUUAUAUUUGAGAUUCUUCAAAUAGCCAGCCUUUGCCUAGAUGACAGCUUUGCACACUCUUGGCAUUCUCUCAACCAGCUUCAUGAGGUAGUCACCUGGAAUUAAUUUCAGUUAAAAAGAAGGUGUGCCUUCUUAAAAGUUAAUUUGUGGAAUUUCUUUCCUUCUUAAUGUGUUUGAGCCAAUCAGUUGUGUUGUGACAAGGUAGCCCCCCAAGGUAGCCCUAUUUGGUAAAAGACCAAGUCCAUAUUAUGGCAAGAACAGCUCAAAUAAGCAAAAAUACUUUACUUUAAGAAAUGAAGGUCAGUCAAUACGGAACAUUUCAAGAACUUUGAAAGUUUCUUCAAGUGCAGUCACAAAAACCAUGAAGCGCUAUGAUGAACUGGCUCUCAUGAGGACCGCCACAGGAAUGGAAGACCCAGUGUUACCUCUGCUGCAGAGGAUAAGUUCAUUAGAGUUACCAGCCUCAGAAAUUGCAGCCCAAAUAAAUUCUUCACAGAAUUCAAGUAACAGACACAUCUCAACAUCAACUGUUCAGAGGAGACUGCGUGAAUCAGGCCUUCAUGGUCGAAUUGCUGCAAAGAAACCACUACUAAAGGACACCAAUAAUUAGAAGAGACUUGCUUGGGCCAAGAAACACGAGCAAUGGACAUUAGACCGGUGGAAAUUUGUCCUUUGGUCUGGAGUCCAAAUGUGAGAUUUCUGGUUCCAACCGCCAUGUCUUUGUGAGACGCAGUGUAGGUGAACGGAUGAUCUCUGCAUGGAUAUUUUCCACCGUAAAGCAUGGAGGAGGUGUUAUGGUGUGGGGGUGCUUUGCUGGUGACACUGUCUGUGAUUUAUUUAGAAUUCAAGGCACACUUAACCAGCAUGGCUACCACAGCAUUCUACAGCGAUAUGCCAUCCCAUCUGGUUUGCGCUUAGUGGGACUAUCAUUUGUUUUUCAACAGGACAAUGACUCAACACACCUCCAGGCUGUGUAAGGGCUAAUUUACCAAGAAGGAGAGUGAUGGAGUGCUGCAUCAGAUGACCUGGCCUCCACAAUCCCCCGACCUCAACCAAAUUUAGAUGGUUUGGGAUGAGUUGGACCGCAGAGUGAAGGAAAAGCAGCCAACAAGUGCUCAUUAUAUGUGGGAACUCCUUCAAGACUGUUGGAAAAGCAUUCCAGGUGAAGCUGGUUGAGAGAAUGCCAAGGGUGUGCAAAGCUGUCAUCAAGGCAAAGGGUGGCUAUUUGAAGAAUCUCAAAUAUAAAAUAUAUUUUGAUUUGUUUAACACUUUUGUUGGUUACUACAUGAUUCCAUGUGUGUUAUUUCAUAGUUUUGAUGUCUUCACUAUUAUUCUACAAUGUAGAAAAUUUGUAAAAAUAAAGAAAAACCCUUCAAUGAGUAGGUGUUCUAAAACUUUUUACCGGUAGUGUAUAUGUUGGAGAAUCAGCCAUUUUAAAGAAGGGUUCGAUUUCCUGGAUGUAUUCAGCGUGUUAACAGUUUAUUUUUUUUGUCUCAUCGCUGUAUUGCCAGAAAAUAAGAAUAUUCACUGGCGCUUACUUACGGACUCGCAAGCUAUUCCUCAUUACAUUUACAACAUUACACUGCAAUCGUGCCCUCGCUCUCUUUGAGAAAAGCUCCUGGCCUGUCUUUGAUGCUUUGCUAUCGACCCACUGUACUGUAAAAAAAUAAACUCUGUAUUGCGUUUGCAAAAAGCUGGGAGGGAAAGGGAGCAUUGUGGCUUGAGGGCUGGGCAGGGGGCGGAGGUGGCGGGGGCUAAGCCGGUUGGGUGUAUGUGAAGGCCAGACAGCUGGAGCACUCAGCUCGAUGACAGAGAGGAGGCCUUGACCAGCUGUGUCUGCUGUGCUCUCAUGGCGCUCCAGUGUAACGCUCUGCUCUGGCCAUGACAUACGAGUCCUGCAUACACUACAAGCGGUGCGUUGUGAGGGGAGUGACAGGUGAUGAUCCUGGAAGAAGAAGAAAAAAAAUCUGAAGACUGAGCUCCACAUCUGUUUAGGUCACAUGACUCUCUGAGAUCUUCUUUACGCAAGUGGUUUUAUCCGGUUGUAUGUCAAGACCUUUCGAUUGUGGGUAUUCAGUGUUCUAGGCAGAGAAGGGUGGUUUCUGGUGCUAUUAAACUCCCGGACACUGAUGACUGUGUAGUGAUAGCAGCCUAUAAAUCCAGUCCAGACCCGGCAGAGCUCAUCUGACCACACUGCUAGUCUGUGGGCUGUUUUCGGCUGGUGUGUAAAUCAUUUUGUUGGCAGACACUGCCUCAGCUCAGGAACCGCUGUCAGGUUUCUCAUGCUGUCCUCUCUCUCCCCCCUCUGGAUCCAAUGCCUCUCAUUGGAGGUUGUUAUCAAAUUAUAUCUCAGAGAGAACAGGGACUUAACUGUUUAGGAAAAUAAAUUGUGAGACGGUGUUUAAAUUACCUCAUCUGGAUUUGAUCAGACGGCGCUCGGCGUUAGGAGAGCCAAGCAGGUUUUGUCAACGUGUCUUCUUAGGGAGUUUGUCUGGGAUUACUGGGAGAGGAAGGAAAUGGGAAGGGAACCUCCCUCCCUGCUUUAACUUGAGAUGUAUGCUGGUCAUAAAGCCUGCAGAUCAGGAAGAGCUCUGAGCUGUCACUGGAUUUACUCCCAGGAAUGUCAAGGCACUAUUCCUCCUCUUGCUAUUUCUCCCUAUUUGAACAAUUUCAGCAUGGCAGGGUGGUUUUAAUAAAACUCUAUGUAUACCUUCAAGUUUCAGGAUUCAAUGAGUUGAAGUUGUGAGGGAAACAUGAGAGAGGGAGAAUUCUAAUGGUAACUUUUUGAGGAAUAAUAUAUAUAAGUACAAUUUGAAUUGGCUACAAUGGGAAGUCAUAGUCACAAACCACAUAGUUGGGUCACCUGCUACUGUCCUCCCUUCCAUUGGCAUACUGUUAUGUUCAGCUCAUAACUGUUUUCUUUCUCUUUCUGUCGUCUGGUGGUCAAAGCAAGAACGUAAAAAGUCUGGACAACCCCUCCCUCUCUCUCUCCCUCUCCAAUUAAUGUCACCUCUCCCGGCUCUUACUGACACCUACCCAUGAGCCCCCUCUCUUUCCAUUUACUGUAAGCAGCCCCCUCACUCAUUGAGCACUGACCGACACCGGACAUCCAUAGACGCUGAGAUUUGGUCAGUCCGCCCUGGAUUUCAACAUCCACAGACAUCUGGACCGGCCUUAAUUUGUCCCAAACAUAGACGUCCAUGAUUGGUUCAGAUUUGGUCCGGACCAAUCAUAGAAGUCUAUGUUUCACAAGGUUGGACUGUACAGUACAUUACAGGAUAUUACAGUACAGUAGAGCACAGUCGAGUACAGUAAAGAAAAGUUGAAUAUAGUUCAGUACAGUCCUGUACUGUGUAGAAUAAUACCCAAAUAUGCAAAGGAGGAUAUUGCAUAUUUCUACCUUUUGUACCUAUUUAGGAUACAUCCCCAUGAAGAGAAUGACUUUCAGAUCAGGGACCCAUAAUUAAAUUCUGUUACCGCAAUGCUGCUACCGGGUGUCAAUCCACUUCACUUACUGUUCAAUAACCCAAAUAUAUUUUUUCAAACUCAAGAUGUCAUGUCAUAGCUGACACCCCAUACUUUCUGCAGCCAUCUUUGAAUCUUAAUUCGGAGCAGAUAUUUAACAGAGUAUUUGGAAAACGUGGUCACACAAAAAACUGCGGGAGAGUUUACCUAAAUUCUGUUACCAAACUUUGCAUCUGCACAGUUAUUCCAGUAAAUGUGUUUUUGUAAAAUGAUCAGUGUAAAUUGUUAAAAGUAGUCCUUGUGCAUAGAGUUUGUAACAGCGUGUGGUUUGUUAAACUUUGAAAUCAAUGGUUUUUAUUUGGCAUACAUUUUAAGUGAAAAAUCUGUGGAAUUGCCCUGUAUCUUAUCUCCACUGUGCUCCAUAGAGUUGUCACGAUACCAGUAUUGCAAUAUUACGAUACCUGAUUUUCCUUGGCAAAAAAGAAAACACAAAAGCAGACUAAACUCUUUGGUCCUUUUAAAAACCUAGUGUAUGUCAAAUAUUGUGUGCAAUAGCUUGGAAAAGAGAAAUGGGGUUCUGGGUGACAACACAAGGCUGUUUGUUUCCAAAAUUAGCACUGUUUUCCUCAGGAAAUAGACUCCGCUUCAUGUUUUGUUUAUCUCUGUGUAUCGCGAUAGUGGUAUCGUGACAACCCUAGUGCUCCAUAGAGACUCAUAUCCCCAGUGCUUCUUCUGGUCCACUUCAUGACUCCCUCUGGCCUCUUCUGGCUUACAAGCCUGUUUGUUUCUGCUGCUUAGAUUAUGGAGAGAUUGUCAUCUCCCAGCAGGAAACCUGGGCUGGAGAGAGGAAGUGGAGGAGAGAACUCAGGUUCACAAAUAGGACCUCUGCAUUGUAUUCCUGGAAUGGAGCAGUGGGCUAGGCUGCGCUAAAACCAGGCAGUCUCAGAGAGAAGGCUAUGCUCAGCGGUAGCCAACUCCUCACAUCAACCAGAGUCACUGUAUUGAUUAUCAAUAAACCUCUACUGUAACAGCCACUGUAACGACAAGUUACCUAUUCACCUCCAGUAAUUCCCUUUGAAAUGUCCUGACAGUAACCUGGAGCCCAACUCCACUACUGCCAUUAGGCUAGUUACCCGAAUGGACCUCCAGGUUCUAUAACCAAGCCUGUGGAGUGCAUAAUAAUAUCCCAUUGAUUCCCAAGGGAGUAAUUUAUGCCGAGAAUUUGAGAUAGAGCUUUUCUCUUUCUUUUUGUGGUGCUGUUCUUUAUCAAUGUACAAUUAUUAACCUUGGGGUGGUGAGGUUUGGUCUAUAAUUUGGAAUUUCUAUUCUCCAUUCUUUGUUUGGGCAUAGGGAGUAGAAAAUGACGUCUGUACUAACCUGAUUGGGCUUUUCAUUUCACAGUCUGUGACUCAAUUCAAGUUUAAUUGGAGAGCUGCUUUGCUCUGCAUGCUGGAAAAAUCCUGGCUAUGUGUCUGCUGAAGGCUAGAGAUAAUGACUUAAGCAGGCCUAUUGGUUAAGAUGCUCAGGAAAAGCUGCAUGAACAGGAGAUUUACUGCUGUGUUGAAUUGCUUACCUUACUCCUGCCCCAUUGCCCUGACCUUAAACUAUGCUUUACUGUAAGUCAGGUACCACAGACACAUUUCUGUCAUGGUUCACCUUUGAACUGUGUCCAGUUUGGCUUUAAAAUGAUAUGAGUUAAGUGGGGAAGGUUGAGGUUUGUUAUUCUUCUCUGGUGUUUUUGCUGUAGUUUGUUUCUCUAUCCCUCAUGUGGGGUAACUGUAAUCUGCUGUGUCCUCUAGUGUUUAUUUUCUGUUUCCCUUACUUUAAAGAUAUAAAGUUGAAAGGUUUCUGCUAAAGGAAUCACCAUGGGGUAAAAUGCUAGAGAAGAUAGGAUUACAAAACACUCUCUUGAAUGUUUAUUAUCAAGGGGAAUCUCCAAUUAAGUGAGAUAUGUCAGACAGGUCUCGAAGGGGAGCUCAAAACUAGGUUACACUCGUAACUGGGAUUAAAAUGUCCUAUUAAGAAUGAAGAACAACAGAAGGGAGCUCCAAUAAUAUUUGCCUUUCAUAAAUCUGCCUACAUAUCAACAUUACUCCUAUCUAAAAUUAGUCCCAAAUAUAGAGUCAUUCAUUCAUAAAAUUGAAUUGUAUCGGUCUUAGUUAAAAACGGUAUUUCUGAAAAUAAAAUAAUACUGAAUUAGUUCUGUGUAGUUUUAAGAGUGGGUUAACCCAUUAGAGGCCUUGUGAAUGGGAAAUGAGGGUUGAAUGUGUGGAUAGAUUUUCUGUGAGGUUUGACAUAGGCUACUGAAAACACUGAGUUCCUAGUUAUUCUAGUGGUAUUGAGUUGAUACUGUCGAUAGAUACCACUAGGGCUAUGUAUCUGUGGUGUAUCACCCCCUCCCAUCACUAAACAACCACCAUAAGCCUGCAGAGUGAAGGACAUGGCCAUUUAAAGAGGGUGCAGAAGGUAGGGGAGGUGUUGAGUGUCCAGCUCCUCAGGGAAGGAGCCCCAUGGCCCAGCCUGGAGGUCAACAAUGUAGAGUAGCCUCAUCCUGACCCUGCCUCCCUCUCUGUCCUCCUGAAACCCCCACUGACCUGAGACUUUUCUCUAGCAUGGAGUAAUAUUUGCAGGAGCGUUCAGUGAAAUCAUGUCCAGCUGAGACCACAUACUGUAGUACUGAGAAAAUAAGAUGUUAGCAAUCUGUGUUGUGUCAUUCCCGAAGGAUGUCUUGUAUACUUUUAUUUUCUUAAUCUGUGGUGAUUUAUGGUUUUGAGUUCAUUUUCAGAGCAUCACUCAUCCAGUCUCAUAAUCUAGUCAGACCCUGUACUUGAUUUAAUUAGCUAAAUAAAACUGUUUUCCAUCCACAGAUUGCGACUCAGAGACGCCAAGGAAGAACUCUCUACCCCACAGUGCCUGAGAAUGCCGAGAAGGAGGCGCAGAGUCUGUUUGUCCAAGAGGUAAGAACCCACUAGUGCAAUAACCCUGCAGGAAUGAACCUUUGUGCAGGGAGCGCAGUGGUUUUAUUGACAGUUAGGUGUUGGCAUUAUGAUGUGCCAUUUACUUGCUAGUGUACCCUGCAGCCAUAUUAACAAGUUACAAUAAAUACAGACAUUAGUGUCAGUCUUCAGCCAGCUCCUGACCUGGCAUUUGAUGUAUAUGGCAGCCUGCACAAGAUCAAUAGAUAUGGAAACACACUGGAGUGCACACACUUUAGUCUGAUGAUUUCCCCAUUGUUUAUAGAAUGUGUCCAGCCAAACCGAACUUCCAUUUCACCUAGCACAUACUUUGUGACACAAUGGUGUUUUAUUGUUCAGUACAGGCAGGCGUAGGAAUUAUGGGCCGUUACUGGAAGCCAUCCAGUCAAUAGGAGUAUUUUCAUUCUCUUCAAUAACAUCUAUUCAGGCCAGGAGACCAAAAAACUGAUAAGUGGAAUCCAGUUCCAAACUAAAUGGAUGGUUCUUCUCAGACUUCUGGUCUUCAUCCUCUCAGAGCCCUGUUUACAGUAGUGCCUCCCUGUACCAAGCCUGGUAAAUGCCUUCUGCAAUGAAGUGGUGUUAAAAUUGAUCUUAAAAUCCGAUGUCAGGCUUACUGUACAUUCUGUUCCCAUACAGUACUUUAUUUAUAAAUAAAGGUUAAAUGAAAAAUAACACAGUCUGACAUUGACAUGAACAUCUUGCUUAAACACACCAUCUCCCACACACAGUAUACCUGAGCUACACAAUGGUUUACUGUCAUUGUGUCCUGUGUGGACAGUUGGACACUUAAUGGACACUGCUCCCAUUGUAACACUGCUCUGUAAACCAGAGGCAACCGGCUGCUGACCCCUCAGGUCAUGGGUCACAGAUUAGGGAGUCCUUUUGGUCAAGUGCAAUAUUACAUCAGCAGGACAGCUGCAGAGUACAACCCUCUCUCUUUUCCAUUCCUCUACUGAUCAGAUUGACUUUCCUCAGCUCAGGACUCCCCUGUCAGACCAUUUCUACCAACUACACGCCUCUGUAUAAAUACCAUUCUGGAUGUUCAUAUCAAUCUGGAAGUUUUAAGAGUGAACAGAUGUGUCUCCCCCAGAUUGAGAGAUAUAGAAGUAUACUCCCUCCCAGUUUGUACUGAGUUGAUCUAACAUCUACUUGAUGAUCCUUUAAGUCUGGGGUGAAGUGUCAUACUGUGUGGAUGGGAGAUGUGAAAGUAUCCUUUGUGUGGGGCUGUAGAAUUCCCCCUGAAGUGCCCAAACAUAACUGCUGGGUCAUAAUUAGGAUUUAUGCCAUACUGCUCUAAUCAUAAAAUAUUUCCUUUUCUAGUCGGUAGAUUUGACUCUCCUGAAAACUGUAGGCUGAUGAGAAAGUGCUCUGGAACUAUUUUUCUUUAAUUCCAGAUCCUGUGUAAAGCUUUAAUUUCCACCAACUAUCUGCUCAAGAUGAGCAUUCCCUUUGAUCCUUCUUCUUCCCCUUCCUUCCUUCAGAUGUACUAAUCUGAUUGAAUAGGGAGCAAAGGAUUCCCAGAAUAAGGGCUGUUUCAGAAAGCCACUGCAUAAAAAAAAGGACUUCAUAUAGGACCCAAAACAUGUUUUACGGAGUUACAGUUCCUUCAGAAUGUAUUCAUACCCCACAUUUUGUUGUUACAGCCUGAAUUCAAAACAGAUUAAAUUGAUUUUAUUUCUCACCCAUCUAAACACAAUACCCUAUGUACAGGCUUCCUUCUUUUCACUCUGUCAAUUAGGUUAGUAUUGUGGAGUAACUACAAUGUUGUUGAUCCAUCCUCAGUUUUCUACUAUCAAAGCCAUUAAACUCUGCAACUGUUUUAAAGUCACCAUUGGCCUCAUGGUGAAAUCCUUGAGCGGUUUCUUUCCUCUCCAGCAACUGAGUUAGGAAGAAAUCAUGUAUCUUUGUAGUGACUGGGUGUAUUGAUACACCAUCCAAAGUGUAAUUAAUAACUUAACAAUGCUCAAAGGGAUAUUCAAUGUCUGCUUAAUUUUUUUACCCACCUACCAAUAGGUGCACUUCUUUGCGAGGCAUUGGAAAAUCUCCCUGGUCUUUGUGGUUGAAUCUGUGUUUGAAAUUCGCUGCUCGACUGAGGGACCUUACAGAAAAUGUAAUGCGUUGGGUACAGAGAUGAAGUAGUCAUUCAAAAAUAAUUUUAAACACUAUUAUUGCACACGGAGUGAGUCCAUGCAACUUAUUAUGUGACUUGUUAAGCACAUUUUUAACUGAACUUUAGGCUUGCAAUAAUAAAGGGGUUGAAUACUUAUUGACUCAAGACAUUUCAGUUUUUCAUUUGUAAAAAAUUCAAAACAAAACAUAAUUCCACUUUGACAUUAUGGGGUAUUGUGUGUAGGCCUGUGACAAAAAAAAUCAAUUCAGUCUGUAACACAACAAAAUGUGGAAAAAGUCAACGGGUGUGAAUACAUUUUGAAGGCACUGUAGCUAUCUGAAGACAGGUUAUUGGCUAACACUGAUUGGUUGUUGUGCUUGUUUCCUGUUUCUUUAGACUAAACAUUGAAACUGUCUUGGAUUACACUUGUAAACCAUUGAUUGUCUUUCUUUUUAUUUCAGUGCAUCAAGACCUACAACUCUGACUGGCAUGUUGUUAAUUACAAGUAUGAGGACUACUCCGGGGACUUUCGACAGCUUCCAAAGUAAUCCUUUUGCUCAGUCAGUAUGGUGUCUUGACAGACAGUACAAUGUUAUGUCAUGUGUAACCAAGUUGUGACUUCCUCCUGGCCAAGUUAGAACAGCUACCCUCUUUGUGCAGAGAUUUCACACUAAGGUGCAUGCACACCAGUGGAGGCUGGUGGGAGGAGCUAUAGGAGGACGGGCUCAUUGUAAUUGGUGGAAUGGAAUAAAUGGAAACCAUAUGUUUGACUCAGUUCCAUUUAUUCCAUUACAAUGAGCCAGUCCUCUUAUAGCGCCUCCCACCAGCUUCCACUGACGCACACACCCGUGUCAGUGUCAUGCUGUCGGUAAUCUUCAGUCAGCCUUAGUUGCUGAUUGUUCAGUAUAUUUUGGCAUGGAUACUUUACAAGGAAAUGCAGGUUUUACGAUUUAACCCACAUUAACAAUAGAGACUUCCUCAAGCCACGCUUGGGUUAUUCCCGAAGAUGUGCGGAUUUAGUCAGGUUGGAAACCACCCCCGGUUCUGAGAGUGUCAUCAAUUCCACCAUCUGCCCUGAGGGCUAUGGUUUCCAGUGUCAUUGUGGUGGAAUUUACACAUAAAACAAAGCUGCCCCGACCUUGAGACUUGCCAUUGAUGUCAACAGACCUUUAGUCAGCAUUCAGUGUCCUGGGAGGGAAAUAUAAAUGUUUUCCUGGGUUGAAUUAAUUCAGGCUUCCUAUGUAAGUGGGACAUGCUCAUUACAUUUGGUUUCAUUUCUUAGAUUAAUGAAUGACCUCUCAUAGAUGAGAUAAAAUAAUACUUGAUUCACUUUAUUCACAUCCUUGUGUUUUACAGCAAAGUGUCCAGACCAGACAAACUGGCUGUCCAUGUUUUUGAGGUGGAUGAAGAUGUCGAUAAAGAUGAAGUAAGUGAAUGUUCUAGCUACAAUGCUGUGGAAGGUUACAAAUAACAAAUAAUUUCCUUAAGCUGCUUAUUCCUUCGACCCUCAACCUUACCCACCUGCUCCAUGUACAAAUCAUCUCAAUACCGUUCUCUCUUUCUAUGACUUUAGUGUAAAUACCUCAGAGGAACUGAACAAAUAAUCCUCCAUACAGACAGACAAACGAGGUUUCCAUGCUCUACUUACACAGUCCAGCAGCUUUUACACUGCCAGAAUGGCCACGGUAUCUGAUGUCUUUUCGCCUAGAAACCAGUCUUUCCUAGAACACACCACCUGAGUCUCACAAGCACCAGAUCUUUUUAAGUGAUUUGAUUCAGAUUAGGAACUGAUUUGGCUGUCCUGUUCCAAUCCCAGUUGUGAAAUGUCUCCGGCAUGAGAUGAAAGCAUCAUUGUGUCUAAAUAGCACAUUUUAAUGUUAAGUAUAAAGUGCAAUUUGGUUAGCUGGCCGCCUCUCAAAUGGCCUCAGGUUCUUCUCUGCUCUACUUCAUGUGUUCAUGGCCCCAGACUCCUCACAGCCCAUGGGUUUGGCUCUCUUUGUUGUGAGCUAAUUUAUAAAAUUUUGCGACUGCCUGAUUAUACAACUGUGAAACCUUUGGUCUUUGAACCAUAGAGAUGUCUGAUUCUGUGCUGUGAACAGUCUAAAUUAGUCUUUGUUGGCCUUGGAAUAGCUUGUGCGAGUCAGUGCACACAAGGGAGGCUAUGGGGUCACCUGUGUUCAAACCAACCCUGAAGGGAGGCUUGAUCACUGAUGCCUGUAGAACCCUCAGAGGGACGGUGCUCUGCAGAGCAUGACCUGAGGCAGUCUCAGGCUGUUGAUGACACUGAUGUUCUACUGCCAUCUAUGUUGACAUUUGCAUAUAUCACAUACUGUUCGUUAUGUCUUCUUUAUGUCAUGUCAUACAAUGCCCCCUACAGGAACUUCAUAGCAAAGGUAUUUAGAGCAAAUGUAUAGGGAUUCGAGUGACCUCGCUCACUUAACUGUGAUGUAGGCAAAUGGAUUCUUGAGCCGAGAGACUAGCCCAGGUCACCAGAGGUCAGUGCCUGACCAGUGAACCUUUCAGUGAACAUUAGAUCUGACAGGGGAGGGGCAUUCCUUUCAUCAGAUAGACUGCCUGAUGACAAGACCCCUCCCAGCUCACCCUUUCCCUCACCUCCCACACAGCUGUGUAAGAAUGCUCCCCGGCCUAGCAGCCAAGAGCGUCCUAGCUACAUACCCCUCACCUCAGUUUGUCGCACGCAGGGAAGUAGGUCUGCACCGAGCAGAUGAUAGCUAAGGAAGUGAGCCAUUUCUCCUGAAAUCCCCAAAGUCUGUUCAUGUUUUUAAAGACAAUAGCAUUACCACAGGCUGGGGCUACGUGACCAAAGUUAAAAUGUUUAUGGUCAUAUGUGUAAUUGAUUAUGAAAUUAUUAUGCACUGUGUUGCAGUUUAGCUAAUCUGGUUGGUUUGGGUGUUGCCAGGCAACAUUUACAGAGCUUAGGGGUUCACUGAAAACGAACACAAGUCAUUUGUCGGCUUCUCUAGGGACUGGCGUAUUCUGGUCAGAGGAUGAUGAGUGGAAGCAGGCCCUGAACGUUUCCAGACCCUCCUCAGAUGAGUCUACGAUAUGCUGGAAAUAUUCUGCUCGCUGCCAACACUUUUUUAAAGCAAUUUUAUUGGACGAGAGAGGGAAUAGGAAUCAUGUCAUACAGUCAUCUUGAAAACCCAUUAAUUAUAUCUAAAAUCGUCUGGAACAAUGGCUUUUACCACUGUAGUCUGUCAAAGAGGAGGCUUAAACACUCUGGACAUGUGUUCUGAUCGUGAGGACCUGAUGGAGACCAUGCCAAGGGUAAAAUGCUGGUGCAGCAGCUCCUCUUCCCUCACUACUCCCCUAAUUGAUUUAUUUACACAUCAUUACACCUCUGGAAGUCUCCAUGGAAUAGAGAUGGUAGCCAUGUGUCUAGUCAUACUUGUUUGGUGCCAAUGGUUUAGCUGGUUUUAUGGUAACUGGGAUGAUAUGGUCAUGCCUCCGUGAAGAAGCCAUUGAGAGGGGUUGUUUAUUUGUGUUCAUAGUGGUGGUUUAUUGUAUGGCUGGCUGCUUGUUUGGAGUCAGAUAGACCUACAUUCAACUUAGGUUUCUCUCAUCUCAUCCUCCAUGUCUCCUAUACUGUUUUGUAACAUUAUCUCAACCACAGGAUCAAGGGCCUCUCUUGAAAUGCACAGUUUGGUAAUGUUUUGGCAGAGAGUGGGCAGAGUGAUGUUUUGAUGUGGUACAGUGUGUGUUUUUGUGUAUGUGUGUAUAUAGUCUUGAGUUUGUCUGAUCCCAUGCCCAUGUCUCUUCCAGGACACAGCCUCUCUAGGUUCCCAGAAAGGAGGGAUCACCAAGCAUGGCUGGCUGUACAAAGGCAACAUGAACAGUGCCAUCAGUGUCACCAUGAGGGUGAGUGAUCCUAAUGACGAUGAUGACACUAGCUAUCUUUAUUAGGAAUGAUUAUUACACAAUGUGCCAGAUGUGCAGUGAUGAUGAAUAGUCAGUGCUCGUGUCUCCAGUGACAGAAGGAUGUAGCCUGGUUUUCAUUAAUACCAUUUAUCAGAAAAACUGAUAGUUGUUUUGCAAUAUUAGAGUGUUGACUUCCUCCAAACCAUGCUGCUGCAAUUAUCCAUGCCAAAACCGUGCCUCUUGUUCUCUAAUAAUAUAAAUUAGAUUUGUAUUGUUCUACUCUACUUUCUAGUCUUUCAAGAGGAGGUAUUUCCAUCUAACCCAGCUGGGUGAUGGCUCUUACAACCUGAACUUCUACAAGGAUGAGAAGAUCUCCAAAGAACCCAAAGGAACCAUCUUCCUGGACUCCUGUAUGGGAGUUGUUCAGGUAAUAUAGUAAACUCUGUGUCUGGGAUUGUGCUUUGAUUACAACACCACACUAACAUUAUAUUGGAUAGAUCAUCCAGCCAGACAUACUUCCCUUCCAAAGCUUUUACUUCCUCAAAUAUAUUUAUUUACCCAUGUAAAAUGUUAUAUGAUCAGUUAAACUCGGCACAAGUUAAAGCUAGCAACAGGGGAUUCAUGAGGAAAUGUUUCUGUCUGUAUCACUGCUGGGACCCUUCUCCAAUCCCCAUUGCAAUGGGCUAAAACCUGAGCUCACUCUUCCGCUCCCUCACUCCCUCAUUCUACAAGGUCAUCAUUUACUGCUGACUCUCAGCUGCUGAAACAAGGUGAAUGCAGAUGUCAUACUACCAUGCACUUUGCAGCAGGCUAGCAAUCAAUACCACAUGCUAUAGCUAACAGGCGCACAUCUCCCAGUCCCAAGAUGGGCUGGAAGCAUUAUCGGUCUUCUCCACACAAAUGGAUGGAAAGGUCCUGCUUUUACCUACCAAGCAUUCAGCUGACAUUAAUCAGAUACACUAUACAUACUAAAGUAUAUGGACACCACUUCAAAUUAGCUAUUUCAGCCACACCCUUUGCUGACAGGUGUAUAAAAUCGAGCAAACAGCCAUGCAAUCUCCAUAGACAAACAUUGGCAGUAGAAUGGCCUUACUGAAGAGCUCAGUGACUUUCAACAUGGCACCGUCAUAGGAUGCCACCUUUUCAAGUAGGUUUGUGAAAUUUCUGCCCUGCUAAAGCUGCCCCUGUCAGCUGUAAGUGCUGUUAUUGUGAAGUGGAAACGUCUAGGAGCAACAACGUCUUACAGGCCACACAAGCUUACAGAACGGGAUUGCCGAGUGCUGAAGCACGUAGAAAUCGUCUGUCCUCGGUUGCAACACUAACUACCGAGUUCAGAGCCGCCUCUGGAAGCAACGUCCGCACAAGAACUGUUCAUCGGGAGCUUCAUGGCCGAGCAGCCGCACACAAGCCUAAGAUCACCAUGCGCAAUGCCAAGCGUCGGCUGUAGUGGUGUAAAGCUUGCCGCCAUUGGACUCUGGAGCAGUGAAACGCGUUCUCUGGAGUGAUGAAUCACGCUUCACCAUCUGGCAGACCAACGGAUGAAUCUGGGUUUGGCGGAUGCCAGAAGAACACUACCUGCCCCAAUGCAUAGUGCCAACUGUAAAGUUUGAUUGAGGAGUAAUGGUCUGGGGCUGUUUUUCAUGGUUCGGGCUAGGCCCCUUAGCUCCAGUGAAGGGAAAUCUUAAUGCUACAGCAUACAAUGACAUUCUAGAUGAUUCUGUGCUUCCAACUUUGUGGCAACAGUUUGGGAAGGCCCUUUCCUGUUUCAGCAUGACAAUGCUCCCGUGCACAAAGCGAGGGCCAUACAGAAAUGAUUUGUCGAAAUCGGUGUGGAAGAACUUGACUGGCCUGGACAGACCCUUGACCUCAACCCCAUCCAACACCUUUGGGAUGAAUUGGAACGCCGACUGUGAGCCAGGUCUAAUCGCCCAAAUUCAGUGCCCGACCUCACUAAUGCUCUUGUAGCUGAAUGGAAGCAAGUCCCUGCAGCAAUGUUCCAACAUCUAGUGGAAAGCCUUCCCAGAAGUGUGGAGGCUGUUAUAGCAGCAAAGCGGGGACAAACUCCAUAUUAAUACCCAUGAUUUUGGAAUGAGAUAUUCGACGAGCAGGUGUCCACAUACUUUUGGUCAUGUAGUGUAUCAGAGAGGAGUGGAGAACUUGGCUGGGGCCUCCUGCCCUACAAAAGGGGCUUUUAUUGGGCCAGAGGAGAGGGAGGGUCCCCUGAGAGGGUGGGAGUGGAGGUGAGUGAGUGGGUGGGCGGAUGUGUGUGUGUGUGUGUGUACUUGGUCUGAAGGGGAGCGGGAGGUGGGGAGGUCACUUGAGCAUAUGUGCUGUGCCUGCCUCCCAUGUUCUAUCAUUGCCCCCCACACACACACUGCACACACACACACACUGCCUCAGCCCUCUGACACACACUAAAGGGGCCACUAAGAUAAUAAUCCACCUGGGUUCUGUUCAGUUGGAGUGGAAAAGUAGCAGAUUCCCUGUUUCAUGUCUCCACAGAAAGGGAGGGAUGUUUCCGCCUGUGAUCGUGGCUCUAAUAUUGUACCACUUUGUCAUCUUUAUGUUUGCAAAAGAUUGAUUUGAUAUUAACUUUUGUAACCUCUCAGUUAUGGUUCCCUGCCAUUGGCAACAGUUUAUAUUCAGACCCCUGACAAUCUGACUCCUUAAUAUUCCUCUCAACAUAGACUGUAGGUAUAUAUACUUUUAUUAUUAUACAUUUAGUUACAAUGUGAAAGACUUUCAACUUUUACACAGUAUGUAGAUUGUGGUCUUCAUCGACCAUCUAAGGCUUUGGAUGUGCAGAUGGUAUGUCUAUGGCGUGUGCUCCACAACUGCACUCGAAUCGCAAUAAAGGUUGAUCAAAAUAUUGCUUUAAGAAAUAUAUAUAUAUGGCAACCUUUACUAUAUAGAGUGCUUUGCAAAAGUAUUCAGACUCCUUGGAUUUCUUCACAUUUUAUUGUGUUCCAAAGUGGGAUUAAAGUUGAUUUAAUUGUAAUUUUUUGUCAACAAUCUACACACAAUACCCUGUAAUGUCAAAGUGGAAGAAAACAUAUAUUUUAUUUUUAACGAUUAAUACAAAAUAAAUAACUAAAAUAUUGUAGUUGCAUAAGUAUUCAACUCCUUGAGUCAAUACAUGUUAGAAACACCUUUGGCAUCAAUUACAGCUGUGAGAUUUAUUGGGUAAGUCUAUAAGAGCUUUGCACACCUGGAUUGUGCAAAAUGUGCACAUUAUUCUUUUCAAAAUUCUUCAAGCUCUGUCAAGAUAUUGGGGAUCAUGGCUAGACAGCAAUUUUCAACUCUUGCCAUAGAUUUUCAAAACUAACUCAGCCACUCAGGAAUAUUUACUGUUCUUGGUAAUCAACUCCAUUGUAGAUUUGGCCUUGUGUUGUGGGUUAUUGCUGAAAGGUGAACUCCUCUCCCAGUCUCUGGUGUAAAGCAGACUAAAGCAGGUUUUCCUCUAGGAUUUUGCCUGUGCUUAGCUCCAUUCCGUUUCUUUUUUUAUCAUGAAAACCUCCUAGUCCUUAACAAUUAUGUCCAUACCCAUAACAUGAUGCAGCCACCACUAUGCUUCAUAAUAUGGAGAGUGGGACUCAGUAAUGUGUUGUGUUGGAUUUGCCCCAAACAUAACCAUGCCACAUUUUUUGCAGUAUUACUAUAGUGCCUUGUUGCAAACAGGAUGCAUGUUUUGGAAUAUUUUUUAUUCUGUACAGGCUUCCUUCUUUUCACUUUGGCAAUUAGGUUAGUAUUGUGGGGUAACUACAAUUUUGUUUAUCCAUCCUCAGUUUUCUCCUAUCACAGCCAUUAAACUUUGAAACUGUUUUAAAGUCACCAUUGGCCUCAUGGUGAAAUCCCUGAGCGGUUUCCUUCCUCUCCGGCAUCUGAGAGGAAGGACACCUGUAUCUUUGUAGUGACUGGGUGUAUUGAUACACCAUUCAAAGUGUAAUUAAUAACUUCACCAUGCUCAAAGGGAAAUUAAUUAUUUGUUUACCCAUCUACCAAUAGGUACCCUUCUUUGCGAGACAUUAGAAAACCUCCCUGGUCUUUGUGGUUGAAUCUGUGUUUGAAAUUCACUGCUUGACUGAGGGAAAAUACAGCUAAUUGUACAGUUGAAGUCGGAAGUUUACAUACACCUUAGCCAAAUACAUUUAAACUCAGUUUUUCACAAUUCCUGAUAUUUAAUCCUAGUACAAAUUCCCUGUCUUAGGCCAGUUAGAAUCACCACUUUAUUUUAAGAAUGUGAAAUGUCAGAAUAAUACUAGAGAUAAUUAUUUAUUUCAGCUUUUAUUUAUUUCAUCACAUUCCCAGUGGGUCAGAAGUUUACAUACACUCAAUUAGUAUUUGGUACCAUUGCCUUUAAAUUGUUUAACUUGGGUCAAACAUUUCGGGUAGCCUUCCACAAGCUUCCCACAAUAAGUUGGGUGAAUUUCGGCCCAUUUCUCCUGACAGAGCUGGUGUAACUGAGUCAGGUUUCUAGGCCUCCUUGCUCGCGCACGCUUUUUCAGUUCUGCCCACACAUUUUCUAUAGGAUUGAGGUCAGGGCUUUGUGAUGGCCACUUUGCCACAACUUUGGAAGUAUGCUUGGGGUCAUUGUCCAUUUGGAAGACCCAUUUGCGACCAAGCUUUAACUUCCUGACUGAUGUCUUGAGAUGUUGCUUCAAUAUAUCCACAUAAUUUUCCUUCCUCAUGAGUCCCUCCUGCAGCAAAGCACCACCACAGCAUGAUACUGCCACCCCCGUGCUUCACGGUUGGGAUGGUGUUCUUCGGCUUGCAAGCUGCCCCCUUUUUCCUCCAAACAUAACGAUGGUCAUUAUGGCCAAACAGUUCAAUUUUUUUUCUCAUCAGACCAGAAGACAUUUCUCCAAAAAGUACGAUCUUUGUCCCCAUGUGCAGUUGCAAACCGUAGUCUGGCUUUCUUAUGGCGGUUUUGGAGCAGUGGCUUCUUCCUUGCUGAGUGGCCUUUCAGGGUUAUGUCGAUUAUAGGACUCGUUUUACUGUGGAUAUAAGGUCCUUUGCUGUUGUUCUGGGAUUGAUUUGCACUUUUCGCACCAAAGUACGUUCAUCUCUAGGAGACAGAACGUGGUCCCAUGGUGUUUAUACUUGCAUACUAUUGUUUGUACAGAUGAACGUGGUACCUUCAGGCAUUUGGAAAUUGCUCCCAAGGAUGAACCAGACUUGUGGAGGUCUACAAUUUUUUUUCUGAGGUCUUGGCUGAUUUAUUUUGAUUUUCCCAUGAUGUCAAGCAAAGAGGCACUGAGUUUGAAGGUAGGCCUUGACUCCUUAACUAAUUUAGUCUUGCCUAAACAAAGGGGUUUAAUUCUUAUGCGAUGACUAUAUUUUAGUCCCCUGUAGCUCAGUUGGUAGAGCAUGGCGCUUUCAACGCCAGGGUUGUGGGUUUGUUUCCCACGGGGGGCCAGUAUGAAAAUGUAUGCACUCAACUGUAAAUCGCUCUGGAUAAGAGCGUCUGCUAAAUGACUAAAAUGUAAAUGUAGUCAGGAUUAUUAUUUAUUUUUUGUCUUAGAAUUUUUCUUACACUUUGACAUUAGAGUAUUUUGUGUAGAUUGUUGACAAAAAUUACAAUUAAAUCCAUUUUAAUCCCAUUUUACACUACCCACCACUGUGACCUGUACGCUCUUGUUGGCUGGUCCUCACUACAUGUUCGCCGUCAAACCCACUGGCUCCAGGCCAUCUAUAAAUCACUGCUAGGCAAAUCCCUGCCUUAUCUUAGCUCAUUGGUCACCAUAGCAACACCCACCCGUAGUAUGCGCUCCAGCAGGUAUAUCUCACUGGUCAUCCCCAAAGCCAACACCUCCUUUGGCCGCCAUUCCUUCCAGUUCUCUGCUGCCAAUGACUGGAACGAAUUGCAAAUAUCUCUGAAGCUGGAGACUCAUCUCCCUCACUAACUUUAAGCAUCAGUUGUCAGAGCACCUUACCGAUCACUGCACCUGUGCACAGCCCAUCUGAAAUUAGCCCACCCAACUACCUCAUCCCUAUAUUGUUAUUUAUUUUGCUAAUUUGCACAUAAUCUCUUGCACAUCUAUCAUUCCAGUGUUAAUACUAAUUGUAAUUAUUUUGCACUAUAGCCUAUUUAUUGCCUUACCUCCAUAACUUGCUACAUUUGCACACACUGUAUAUACACUGCUCAAAAAAAUAAAGGGAACACUUAAACAACACAAUGUAACUCCAAGUCAAUCACACUUCUGUGAAAUCAAACUGUCCACUUAGGAAGCAACACUGAUUGACAAUAAAUUUCACAUGCUGUUGUGCAAAUGGAAUAGACAACAGGUGGAAUUUAUAGGCAAUUAGCAAGACACCCCCAAUAAAGGACUGGUUUUGCAGGUGGUGACCGCAGACCACUUCUCAGUUCCUAUGCUUCCUGGCUGAUGUUUUGGUCACUUUUGAAUGCUGGCGGUGCUUUCACUCUAGUGGUAGCAUGAGACGGAGUCUACAACCCACACAAGUGGCUCAGGUAGUGCAGCUCAUCCAGGAUGGCACAUCAAUGCGAGCUGUGGCAAGAAGAUUUGCUGUGUCUGUCAGCGUAGUGUCCAGAGCAUGGAGGCGCUACCAGGAGACAGGCCAGUACAUCAGGAGACGUGGAGGAGGCUGUAGGAGGGCAACAACCCAGCAGCAGGACUGCUACCUCCGCCUUUGUGCAAGGAGGAGCAGGAGGAGCACUGCCAGAGCCCUGCAAAAUGACCUCCAGCAGGCCACAAAUGUGCAUGUGUCUGCUCAAACGGUCAGAAACAGACUCCAUGAGGGUGGUAUGAGGGCCCGAUGUCCACAGGUGGGGGUUGUGCUAACAGCCCAACACCGUGCAGGACGUUUGGCAUUUGCCAGAGAACACCAAGAUUGGCAAAUUCGCCACUGGCGCCCUGUGCUCUUCACAGAUGAAAGCAGGUUCACACUGAGCACAUGUGACAGACGUGACAGAGUCUGGAGACGCCGUGGAGAACGUUCUGCUGCCUGCAACAUCCUCCAGCAUGACCGGUUUGGCGGUGGGUCAGUCAUGGUGUGGGGUGGCAUUUCUUUGGGGGGCCGCACAGCCCUCCAUGUGCUCGCCAGAGGUAGCCUGACUGCCAUUAGGUACCGAGAUGAGAUCCUCAGACCCCUUGUGAGACCAUAUGCUGGUGCGGUUGGCCCUGGGUUCCUCCUAAUGCAAGACAAUGCUAGACCUCAUGUGGCUGGAGUGUGUCAGCAGUUCCUGCAAGAGGAAGGCAUUGAUGCUAUGGACUGGCCCACCCGUUCCCCAGACCUGAAUCCAAUUGAGCACAUCUGGGAUAUCAUGUCUCGCUCCAUCCACCAACGUCACGUUGCACCACAGACUGUCCAGGAGUUGGCGGAUGCUUUAGUCCAGGUCUGGGAGGAGAUCCCUCAAGAGACCAUCCGCCACCUCAUCAGGAGCAUGCCCAGGCGUUGUAGGGAGGUCAUACAGGCACGUGGAGGCCACACACACUACUGAGCCUCAUUUUGACUUGUUUUAAGGACAGUACAUCAAAGUUGGAUCAGCCUGUAGUGUGGUUUUCCACUUUAAUUCUGAGGGUGACUCCAAAUCCAGACCUCCAUGGGUUGAUAAAUUUGAUUUCCAUUGAUAAUUGUUGUGUGAUUUUGUUGUCAGCACAUUCAACUAUGUAAAGAAAAAAGUAUUUCAUAAGAUUAUUUCAUUCAUUCAGAUCUAGGAUGUGUUAUUUUAGUGUUCCUUUUAUUUUUUUGAGCAGUGUAUAUUUUCUGUUGUAUUUUUUUGACUUUGUUUUUUUUACCCCAUAUGUAACUCUGUGUUGUUGUUUUUAUCGCACUGCUUUGCUUUAUCUUGGCCAGGUUGUAAAUUAGAACUUGUUCUCAACUGGCUUACCUGGUUAAAUAAAGGUUAAAUAAAAAAAAUGUAACAUUGUAACACAAUAAAAUGUGAUGAAAUCCAAGGGGUCUGAAUACUUUUGCAAGGCACUGUAUUAGUUUGUUGUGAAGAGCUCAUCAGCCGAUGGCGGGUCAAGCUAGCUAACUUUAGCCAACCAGAUCUGUGCCUCCACAAAGUAAACAAAGAUGGCGGUGCCUCUUCCUCCAUAAAAAAUCAGGUUAAUAGUUUGGUACAUUUUGUUUCCUGUCAGUUGUGUAUGUAUGCUAUCCCCUCCACUCUGGACAGGUCUGUGUUUCAUUUUGCUGAGGUUCGGCAUUAUAUGGGCAAGAUAAUGUUCCUAAUUGUAAACCACAACAACUGGUCUUGGGAUCUGCUCUUGAUUAACUCAGCAAUUAUUGGCAUAUGGAGUGACAUCAUACUCCCCCUCUGGCCCCAAGCUCGUUCAGCACGCUUUGCUUGCUCUUUUAUGAUAGGCCAACACACUCACACACACACAGAAAUACAUACACUCGCGCACACACAAACAUAUUGAGGCUUUCCACCUGACGGCCCUGUGGCCAGCUGCCUCCCGGCCGUCUCUCUGAAGGAGCCUCUCUCACUAGGACCUGCUCUGUGUGAUCUGAUCUGAGGUCUGGUGUCCUGGGAAACACUGUUGUUUGGCCUCCCCUUACUGAGAGAUGUCUCCAGCCAUUCCCUUUCCCUCCCAUCCCAGUGCUACUCAGACUUUCCAUGAUGAGAGAAGCAGAGGAUGCAUCCAAGAUCCUCAUCUCCCUCUGCGUAAUGUAUGGAGUUGGGUUACCAAGGCUUUGUGUCCUAAACCAGUGGUUUAAAUUACUUAAGUGAAAAUACUUUAAAGUACUACUUAAGUCGUUUUUUGUGGUAUCUGUACUUUACUUUACUAUUUAGAUUUUUGACAACUUUUACUUUUACUCCACUUCAUUCCUAAAGAUAAUAAUGUACUUUUUACACCAUACAUUUUCCCUCACAGCCAAAAGUACUCGUUACAUUUUGAAUGCAGGACAGGAAAAUGGUCAUAUUCACACACUUAUCAAGAGAACAUCCCUGGUCAUCCCUACUGCCUCUGAUCUGGCGGACUCACUAAACACAAAUGCUUCGUUUAUAUAAGGAAUGUGAAAUGAUUUAUACUUUUAGCAAUUACAUUUACAUUUGAUACUUAAGUAUAUUUAAAAUCAAAUACUUUUAGACGUUUACUCAAGUAGUAUUUUACUGGGUGACUUUCACUUUUACUUGAGUCAUUCUCUAUUAAGGUAUUUUUACUUUUACCCAAGUAUGACAAUUGGGUGAUUUUUUUUUCCACCUCUGUCCUAAACACCAGGCCUGCAUAUUUGACUCAUUUGCAUAGUCGGAGUCCUUGCUGCUUAAGGGGGGAGUUAAGGCAGUGGUAUUCAAAGUCGGGGUCGCGGGGGAACUGCAGUGGUGUCGCCAAAAUUGUUGUACAAAUUGUAUUUUUUAUAUAUACUUUUUUGGGGUUGGGGGGGGACGAAAAAAUAAGAGUACAGAUUAUUUUAUAGGACAAUAUACAAAUGUUUUUGAGAAAGAUGAUUGGAAAAAUGACAUUUUAUUGAGUAAAUGUAUUUAUUUGUUUCUUUUCAUUAAUUCAUUUAAGCACAUAAUAGAUGAAAAUGCAAUGGACUGAAGGUUAUUUGUUGAUGUAAAAAUUUACUGAUUUCUAAGGUUUUGUCAUUAGAUUUGGUUUGGGGAACAAUGGGGUCCCCAGAAAUUCUAGCAAAAAAAAAUGGCCAGUAUGAAAAUGUAUGCACUCACUAACUGUAAGUCGCUCUGGGUAAGAGCGUCUGCUAAAUGACUGAAAUGUAAAUGUUAAGGGUUCACAACCUACAGAGAUGAACGUGGCUCAGUGGAGGGAUUAUCUACUCGUAUCUCAAAGUAGAAAACUUUUACUCAAUGUUAUUGUGUUAUUUUGAGAAUAUAUAGAAAAAGUCUUCCUCCUCUCUCUCUAAUAACCCUGGUUAUUAAUUCCUGGAUGAUGAAUCCGCUCUGAUUCCUGUCCCAAGCACCGCCAUAUCUACUGUUUACUUUACUGGUCUUGAGCUAAUGACCCUCCCUACCAUUUACCUCGAUCUCUGCAGGCUAAAAGGCUCCUCCUUAUUGCAAUAAUAACCAUGGUGACUGAAGCAUGGCCUAAUGUAAUGCAGUGCUUUAUUAGAACUCCCACGUGGGUGAACUCAGUCCAUGAUUUAUUUAGAAACGUUCCGGCAAUGUUUUGGGGGGGGGAUGUUUACACAACAGUGGAAUUACUGCACCUCUGCCUCCCUCACUUAGCUCUCCUGGACGUUUGAGUUAACUCCAUAAGGAUCAAAGCCUGGAUGCAUACUGUAACAUUACUCAGCUACGGUGGUUAGUUUAUGGCGGCUGACUGAAUCACCAGCAUCGGGAGGUGUGUGUGUAAUCAAGACGUUCUGAGGCCCACCUGAGGCAGUGACAUCACUCUGGCUGGCUGAUUGGGGGUCGUAGGUCAACUCCACAGCUCCGGCCCAGUGCUGCUGACUGACUCCCUCAGCAGACCCAGUCCCUUUAUGAGCUCAGCUCCAAUCCUGGCAGCUCUUCGUUGCGCAUAUGGAAAUACUUUCUCCCUUGCACCCUGCUCCGCUGUGUGUUCGCUCUUAUGGUAAUAUAUGUUUCUUCUCCUCCAUGUCUCUUUAACUAUAACAAAUAUACACUUUUUGAAGCUUUUGUAAAUAUAGGAUUUAUGGACGAUGAUGCUAUUGUUGUUAAAUAUAUACACAUACCAGUUUUACUGUUUCCUCGUAUUUUCUUACCCUAGUGUAUGAUUAGAUGAAAUGUGCUGGUUGGUUCUGGUAAAAAACAAUUUUUUAUCCAAAGUCAUGGCAAAUAAAAAAUUUGCAAUUUUCAAUGAGGGAGAGGAUGGGAGUUGUUUUCAGUAACGCUUUCUUCGAAAUCCAUGAAACAAAUAAUAAAACUAAGCAGCAGCUGCCUUCUAGUGACCUGACUAAAUAUUGGAAGUUAAGUUUGGAUGGUGGAUCGGAACGUUUGAUUCACAGAUGGGUAUUUGUUUUUUGACUAAGAAACACACGAAACGCUUGACCUGCACAUACUCUAAUCAUCCUCUUUUCAAAAAGUCAACUCAAUUGAUGUUUUGUGUGACGGUACGGCAUUGUUUUAUUCUGGAGAGCAUGUUCCUCAUCAUUUGUAGUUGACCCUUGCUCUCUAAUGAAACUGUUGCUAUUCCUCAGCAACUUCCCCUCCGCUCCAGCAUUACCUAAACAAAGAUGGUCUCACCGAGUUUCCUCUCCUCCUCUGUGUGUUUGGCUACAGAAUAACAAGGUGCGGCGCUUUGCCUUUGAGCUAAAGAUGCAGGACAAGAGCACGUACCUGCUGGCUGCAGACAGUGAGGGAGAGAUGGAGGACUGGAUCAGCACUCUCAACAAGAUCCUCCACAGCAGCUUCGAGAUCGCCAUGCAGGAGAAGAGGAACGGGGACAUCCACGAUGGUGUUUGUGUGUGUCUGUCUGCGUGCAUGCAUGCUCGCUUGGGUUUUCAGAGUUCAUGGGAUGGGUGUUAAUUACAGAGACAUAGACCGGCAUUAGAUUUCCUUGUGAAUUCUGUUAAAACAUCAUCCACCUUUCUUUCAACAAACCCCCAAGUACAAGGACAAUGUGCUUCGUAUAGUGCCAGUAAUACAAAGAAAACAUCCCAGGGUGCACUGCAGUACACUUGUCUGCCUGUGAGGGAAAGGAAUGUGUAAAUAAAGUGUACUUAGGCCUGUUCUACAGUCUAUAGUCUACAGUAUGCCAUAGAGAAGAGGAUGUCUUUGGCUUACACCCUUUAAUCACACUCCCAUGUACUAACCCUGUUUUAGGGUAUUACAUUUUUACAUUUACAUUUUAGUCAUUUAGCAGAUGCUCUUAUCCAGAGCGACCUACAGGAGCAACUAGGGUUAAGUGCCUUGCUCAAGGGCACAUUGACAGAUUUCACCUAGUCAGCUCGGGGAUUCGAAUCCAGCAACCUUUCGGUUACUGGCCCAACCUCUUAACCGCUAGGCUACCUGCCGCCCACAUUGAUGGCAUAAGCACCACACUGAUUGAGUGUAGUUGGCUCAGAGUAGUUUAAAACUCAUAAGAGGUAGAUCAGGGAAGACAGAGAUGACAGUGGUAUAAAUACAUAAAGUAGUCAAAAAAGCAAAGUAGACUAGAUCCUGUACAAUCUAAUGCACAUCAUUAGCAUUCUUGUCUGUCAAUGUGGCACACAAUACCAGUCAAUCUGAACUCAGUGUUUACGCCCACACAUCCCCCAGACGUCUCCUUCUCCUGGUCUGUGGUGGUGGUGUAGCUGGAGGGCCACCCAGGUUUUUAAUACUCACCUCCUGUCUGAGCCAGGAGGAAAAAGCCAUGUCUGCACAAAGAACCCCGCUAAUCUCAGUAACCUCUCAGCUUUGAUUAAUCACGCUCUCCUAGGGGAAAAACUACCCUGGUACCUACAGGGGCUCUAGGAUCUGAUCUCAGACCUGCUCUGUGUUUCUGUCUACUCAGGGCAGUCUAAGUCACUGUUUACUCUAUUUAAGUGUUAGUAGUGUGCGAUUAAGGAAGAGGUGUGGUAAUGGAGUUCUAACCUAUAAAAUAGUGGAUUUGUUGAACUGUGUGUUUGUUCUGUUUCCAAUGAGUGCUCUGCUCUCUUUUCUGUUGCAGAUGACGAGUUGGGAAAGGCAGACAGUUCGUUGGGGAGUAUGGACAGCUUUCAGGUAGGUCCUGUCUUUUCACAAAUGCGCUGCCUCAAGCGUAAGGAUCCUACAGGCCCUGUUCACAUGAGACAUAAUGUAGUUACAUCAUGAAAUCACUUCACCAUGGGAGGUAGGGAGCAGCCAGUCAGUCAGGCCUCUCAGAGGCCUCUGCUUGUGUUUAGAUACACACCUCAUUUUAAAAAAUGAUUCUCUAUCUAUAGUUAGACAUACACAGACAGAUGACAGCUCCCGCUGUUUGAAAAGUGACCAAAUCAGGAGAGGAACCAAAAUUGAAUCAUUUCCUAUAGAGAAAAGCUACAGUAUGUCAGCCCUGAAGAACAGUCGGCCUAUAGAUAAGCCAUACAUUAUGUGCAUGGAAACUGAUGGUAGCAGUUAGCUAGCAAAGGAGAAGUCUGACAGAGUUCUUGACAGACUUUUCUGUGGUGUUGGCACCACCUGACUUUACCAUUGAGUCUGCUCUCCUGAUCGGCACGUAAUGGGAAACCUCAACUCCAGAUGGACACAAAUGAAGAGACAUUUUCAAAUGAUAAAAGCAGUUCAAUUUGAAAACCUUUUGCUUAAGGAGGUCUAAUUUUCUUGUCCUCAGAGUGCAAGAGAUAUUGAAUCUAAAAUGAGGAACGAGACCAGAUUGAAACUGUUCACCUUGGACCCUGACACACAGGUUAGUAACUAUCGAGUUUCCCAAAAGGUAUUUGACAAUCCACCAGCUCCAAAUGAUGAUUCAAAAUCCCUUUUUGUAUCUUUAGAAACUUGACUUCUCAGGGAUUGAGCCUGAUAUAAAGCAGUUUGAGGAGAAGUUUGGCAAGCGCAUUUUGGUGAAUUGCAAUGACCUGGCCUUCAACCUGCAAAGCUGUGUAGCGGAGAACGAGCUGGGACCAACAACAAACGUAAGCCAGAUGUCCUUUUCAGUGUUCAAUUUGUACAGUCAGUGUGUUAUCAUCGUAGUGUACAGUAUCUGCUCUGGAGAAUGGAUUAGAGAGCGAAAGAGCGGGGUGGAGGGAUCACAUCUCUAGCCUAUGUCAUCAUUGCUGUUUGUCUUUGUCAAGAGGGAGUACUGGGUUGGCAUAGUAACCAGCCGACAGCCACAGUAAUGAAGGAAGGCGCUGUCUAAUGAAAGGCAGUUUCCUGCUGACGCUCACAGCAGGCUGUCCUGUACCGAGAGAAUGUCAACCUGUUCAGAGAUACAGACCUGACAGAUACAGAGAUGCAGACCUGACAGAUACAGAGAUGCAGACCUGACAGAUACAGAGAUGCAGACCUGACAGAUACAGAGAUGCAGACCUGACAGAUACAGACCUGACAGAUGCAGACCUGACAGAUACAGACCUGACAGAUACAGACCUGACAGAUACAGACCUGACAGAUACAGAGAUACAGACCUGACAGAUACAGAGAUACAGACCUGACAGAUACAGAGAUACAGACCUGACAGAUACAGACCUGACAGAUACAGAGAUACAGACCUGACAGAUACAGAGAUACAGACCUGACAGAUACAGAGAUACAGAAACUUGGCAUAAUGACACUGUCAGUCAGUCCCUUGUUCUACUCAUGAACCUUCUGGCUCACUAUGUCAUCACAGUACUCAUCUAUAAAUAGCAUAGCCUAGAAUGGAAGUUCUUUCUCAUACUCUACCUUUGUUUACACUUUCGCUUCAUUUCCAGGUGGAGCCAUUCUAUGUGACCCUGUCGCUGUUCGACAUCCAGAACAGCAGGAAGAUCUCGUCAGACUUCUACGUGGACCUGAAUCACCCGUCCGUCAGACAGCUGGUGCCCAACCCCAGCAGCCAGUACAUGAACGGGGGAGGGGACGCUCUGCCGGGGGCGCAGAGGGGGGUCCACGGCCUGCCUGAGGGGGCCAUGCAGUACCCCAGACAGGUGAAGAGAUAUUAGAGAUACUAAUCUCUAUAUAAUCUUUUGAGCUAUUAAUCUCUCAAUAUGACGCUACCGUUCAAAAGUUUGGGGUCACUUAGAAAUGUCCUUGUUUUCGAAAGAAAAGCAAUUUUCUUGUCCAUUAAAAUAACAUGAAAUUGAUCAGAAAUACAGUGUAGACCAGGGGUGUCAAACUCAUUUUAGCUCAGGGGCCACAUGGAGGAAAAUCUAUUCCCAAGUGGGCCGGACCGGAAAAAUCAUGGUAUAUAUAACUUAAAAACAACAACUUCAGAUUGUUUUCUUUGUUUUAAUACGAUCAACAUAAAGCUGGAGCCUGAGGACAGUGUGUCCAAAAUAGUACAAGCACAACAUCACUAUUAAUCAUAAAACACAUCAAGUUUAUUUGAAAAUUCUAAAGAAAAAGAACACACAAACACACAAUGCCUCAGUGAUUAACAGAACUGUUUCACAGAUCACAGAACUAUAUCAGGGUGUCAUUUCUCAGGCAGAAAUGUAGAUAAAAAUAAUGAAAUCCUGUUCCCCAAACAAGUGCAAGAACCACAGAGUCAAGAAUAGGUUAAAUAUACAAAUACAAUAAAAUCAAUUAAAAACAAUAGCACAUCAACAUAAAAACAUAUAAACAUAAAUCUGAAAGCGUUGCUCAAACUCCCGUAACAGUCCCGUUAUUUUAUCUUUGAACCGCUUCAUGUCUGCCACAUGUUGGGUCGCGCACACAUUUUUCAGACAGGGGAAGUGAGCUGCAUCACCACCGGCAAGUUGCGUCUCCCACAAUGACAGCUUCAACUUGAAAGAACGUAUGCUGUCAUAAUACUGCGUGACAACUUUGUUGCUCCCUUGCAGCUGUUUGUUCAAGUUAUUCAGGUGCUCUGUAACAUCCACCAUAAAUGCAAGGUCCUGCAUCCAUUCUGCGGAAUGAAAUUCUAACACUGGUUUGCCCUUUUCUUCCAUGAACUGUUCAAUUUCUUCUCGUAAAUCAAAGAAACGCCUCAGCACAGCACCUCGGCUUAACCAUCUUACCUCAGUGUGGUAUGGCAGGCCAUAGAUGUGGUCUUUCUCUCUGAGAAGGCUGUCAAACUGACGGUGAUUCAGGCUUCUGGAUCGGAUGAAAUUAACAGUUUGGAUGACCACCUUCAUGACGUUAUCCAUCUUUAAUGACUUGCAACACAAAGCCUCCUGGUGCAAAAUACAGUGAAAAGUCAUAAAAUCACGUCCUCCAUUUGCAGAUUGCACUUUCUCUCUGAACUUUGUCACAACGCCUGCUUUUUUCCCGAUCAUUGAGGGCGCACCAUCUGUAGCCAGGCUGACAGCGCGGGACCAGUCCACUCCGACCCUGUCCAGCGCGCCGACGAGUGCGGUAAAAAUAUCAGCUGCUGUCGUUGUAUCUGUCAUCGGCACCAACUCCACGAACUCCUCGGUGACGGUCAAUGUGUCAUCAACUCCGCGGAUGAAAAUGGCCAGUUGUGCAACAUCUGUAAUGUCCGUGCUUUCAUCAAUUGCAACCGAAAACGCAAUAAAUGACUUUACUUUUUGCUUCAACUGGCUGUCCAAAUCCACUGAAAGAUCGGAAAUCCUGUCUGCAACUGUGUUUCUUGUCAGGCUGACAUUUGCAAAAGCCUGCCGCUUUUCAGGGCACACAAUCUCCGCUGCCUUCAUCAUGCAUGUUUUUACAAAUUCACCCUCACUAAAUGGUUUUGAAGCCACUGCGAUUUCAUUAGCAAUGAGGUAGCUAGCUUUCACUGCAGCGUCACUGAUGUCUCGGCUGUGAGUAAACACAGACUGCUGUUUCUUCAGACCCGCCAACAGUUCAUUCACCUUCUCUCAUCUCCGCUGUCCUUGAAAGUUGUCAUAUUUGUCGGCAUGAAGACUCACAUAGUGGCGACGAAGGUUAUAUUCUUUCAGCACUGCAACAUGCUCUGAACACACCAAACAUACAGCUUUCCCAUUCAAUUCCGUGAAUAAAUAGGAUGACCAUUUUUCUUGGAACACUCUGCACUCUGCGUCCACUUUUCUCUUUUUUGACAGAGACAUAUUGGGGCAAUGAGGGUGCCAAAGCACAUAAUGUUAAAAGUAGAAGCCGUAAUAAAUAUCGCGGGCAAAACAAAGUAGCUCAUUGGCUGCACGUGCUUGACCUACUUGCUCUGCCCCGGUAUAAACAGUUUGCUUGCUUAACACAAUUGCUAUUGCGCCAUCCAGUGGACGCCAUCCAGUGGAUCCACUAAUCUUUCUAUUCUGGUUAGAGACAGUUUGCGCUGUUCUGUGAAGGGAGUAGUACACAGCGUUGUACGAGAUCUUCAGUUUCUUGGCAAUUUCUCUCAUGGAAUAGCCUUAAUUUCUCAGAACAAUAAUAGACUGACGAGUUUCAGAAGAAAGUUCUUUGUUUCUGGCCAUUUUGAGCCUGUAAUCGAACCCACAAUUGCUGAUGCUCCAGAUACUCAACUAGUUUCAAGAAGGCCAGUUUUAUUGCUUCUUUAAUCAGCACAACAGUUUUCAGCUGUGCUAACAUAAUUGCAAAAGGGUUUUCUAAUGAUCAAUUAGCCUUUUAAAAUGAUAAACUUGGAUUAGCAAACACAACGUGCAGUUGGAACACUGGACUGAUGGUUGAUGAUAAUGGGCCUCUGUACGCCUAUGUAGAUAUUCCAUUAACAAUCAGCCGUUUCCAGCUACAAUAGCCAUCUACAACAUUAACUAUGUUUACACUAGGGCUGCACGAUAUAUCGUUUCAGCAUCGACAUUGCGAUAUAUCAGUCUACAAUAUAUAUAUUUUUAAAAUGUUAAACUAGCAUUAUAUCUGUCUGAUAUAACGUAAUUUACUCCGAUUUAUGGGUUAUUGGAUACACAGUUUAUUAUUAUUAUUAUUAUUAUUAUGUUAAACACGGAGUACGUUGCUGCACGUGGUUGACAUGCAGGCUCUGCUUGCGCGUGACGAAAUGAUGAGCGAGGAACAGACAAAAAAGACCAAAAUGGAGAAUUUGGUUGCAAAAAUAAAUGCAUCGUCAAUUAUAUGGAAAUAUUUCGGCUAGAGACAGGAUGAUGUUGACCAAAAACAGGUACUUUUUCGAGAGUGCCUUGCAAUUGUUGCCACAACACGAGGCAACACAACCAAUUUGUUCGAUCAUUUAAGGCGGCACCACAAAUCUUCGUAUGACGAGUGCAAAGCAUCUCAAUGCCCUCCAAAGCAAAAAUCUAUUUCGGAUGCCUUUGCCAGUAUUACACCAUACGAGAAAGGUUCCAAACGGCAGAGAGAAAUCACAGAUUCAAUAACAUUUCACGUCUCCAAAGACAUGGUACCAAUUAACACGGUUACCAAAGAGGGUUUUAAAAACAUGAUCCGGUCGCUUGACAAGCGGUAUGUAAUGCCAUCACGCAACUAUUUUUCUCAAGUUGCCAUCCCAGAGUUGUACGAGAAAUGCAAGGCACAAGUUGAAACAGAGCUGUCACAGAGCUGUCACAAGUGGGAUAUUAUACAGCAACAACGGACUUGUGGUCCAGCCGGACAACGGAGCCCUACAUAAGUCUGACCAUACACUUUAUUAAUGAGGACUUCCACCUGAAAAGUCGCUGUUUGCAAACUGUAUUUUUCCCAGAGGAUCAUACAUACAUACAUCCUGUAUUUUCUCAUAUCGCAAUAUAUAUCGCAGAAAACCAAAAUAUCGCAAUGUCAGUUAUUUCCAAUAUCGUGCAACCCUAGUUUACACUGUGUUUUCAAUCAAUUUGAUGUUAUUUUAAUGGGAGAAAAAAUUUGCUUUUCUUUUGAAAACAAGGACAUUUCUAAGUGACCCCAAACUUUUGAAUGGUAGUGUACCUGUAUGGGUUUAGGUCUGCGUAUUGCAUGUUUUUAAUGGUGUGGGGAUGUUUUUGUCUGACUAGCAUUCACUGUGUACAGCCAAUAAACUGGAGAACCUUUUAAAAAUUGCAAUGGACAAUAAAGGUUUUCGAGGUUCACUCAUAUCUGUUAUGACUUUGUUUUCUCUCUCCACAGGGAGUGUUCUCUGUAACUUGUCCACACCCAGAUAUCUUCCUGGUGGCUCGCAUUGAGAAGGUCCUCCAGGGGGGAAUCACCCACUGUGCUGAGCCCUACAUGAAGAGCUCAGACUCCACCAAGGUACGCUCUGUACCAGGCAUCAGAAAACACUAAACGAUGAAUUCCCCCACGCUCAGCAAAUUUCAUUAGAUUAUUCCACAUAAUAAAUGAUAGAAUCAUCCAUGUCAUAAAUGCUGGCUGGUUACAACAACACUCCACAAGCAUUGGUUUUGGCUGUACAAAUCUGGUUAUGCUCUGUAAAAGGGGUACAACGAGCAGUAAUGGGAUCCGAGAGAGAAAAUCUGAAAUGCAUUAGGGACCAUUUUCAAGGUGUGUGUGCAUGCUUGCGCAUGUGUUUGUGUGCGUAUGUGUUUGUGUUUGUGUGUGUGUGUGUGUGCGUGUGUGUUUGUGGAGAUUGGCAGGCCUCAGAGCUAACGCAAUAGGAUAUGCUGGAGUGCUGACCAUGACCUCUGUCUGUGUUGUCAGACCAGCGUGGUUUCACUUACACACUGUUCCUCUUUCCCACCAGGUGGCACAGAAGGUCCUGAAAAAUGCCAAAUUGGCCUGCAGCCGGUUGGGCCAGUACAGGAUGCCUUUUGCAUGGGCCGCCAGGUACUAUUCGGUUACUAAACUAAACUGAACUGAACUGAUGUUUAAAGUAAGAGAUUAUUGAAAGAUGCUUUACCUUUUGGAACAUAUUUUAAUCAGUAGAGAAACUGGACAAUAUGUAAGCAACGUCUACUGAAUAUGGCAUCGCUUUGAAAGGAUAGAGUACAAGAUAUCUAGAUUCAAUGAAAAGAACAUCUAGUUUAUUCCCAGGCACAAUAAAGGUAGUGAAUUUGUCUGUUUUUCCCUUUUUUGGCACUGGUAAAUGUAUCACUCUUCAAUGAGUUGUGGAAACAGCUCAGUACCCAUGGUGUCUGGAAAGAGAAUAAAGGUGUCACAGGAUACCCAGACCAGUGGAAAAAACCCUGACAGGAACAUCAGCAGAUCUUUGUCCAGAAACCUAUUGGAAACAGACCUGGGUUUUUAUGAUUCUCAUCUCUCCUUCCCUGCAGGCCUCUGUUCAAAGAUGCAUCGGGGACGCUGGAUAAAAGUGCUCGUUUCUCCGCCAUCUACAGACAGGACAGCAACAAGCUGUCCAAUGACGACAUGUUCAAACUGCUGGCUGACUUCAGAAAGUUAGUAACUCUCCUACUGCCUGCAGUUGAUGGAAUUCAAAUUGAGUUAAUUGUUGAAGUACUAUAUCUUACAUACAUUUUGAAUUUUGAUUAUUCUUGCUUAUUCUGAAUGAUUAGAGUGUUAUAACAGUGGGUAUUUCUUAAGCUAAAUCCCAUAGAGAGGUUUGUUGGCUAAAGAGACUAGAUGGAGAGGGAUUCUCUUUCACAAUGAAAGCCUGUACCGCAGAUGUUUUCUCACCUUUACAAAUAUUUGGUUCUCGUCUUUGGUUCUGUCUGUUCACAGGGUAGUUUCCAGGCGGCUUGCCUGUUUUCCAUCAGGUCCUCCUAGGUAGAUGAUAACAAAGGCAUUAACCGCUACUUAUUUUGCUUGUCCUCCCUAGGCCAGAGAAGAUGGCCAAGCUCCCUGUAAUCUUAGGAAACCUAGACGUUACCAUUGACAAUGUUGCCCCUGACUUGACAAGUAAGCCCUCCAAAUUCAACUCACACUGGGAACAUGAAAGAUGAAAGCUGUUUCUCUUCACAUCAGAUUGGUCUGAUUGUCUGUCGGCUAUUUAUUUGGUUUCCCCCCGUCUGUUCUGUGUCUGCGUGUAGAUUGUGUUACCUCAUCCUACAUUCCUGUGAAGACUUUUGAGAGCAGUGAGAAGACGAACAUCUUCUUUGAAGUGGAGGAGUUUGUUCCCUGCAUAGCCAAGUGCUCCCAGCCGUUCACCAUCUACAACAAUCACCUCUACGUCUACCCCAGGCAUCUGAAGUACGACAGCCAAAAAUCCUUCACAAAGGUAUAGUCACAAACAUUGAGCCUACAUUUCUGUUUGAUCAAAUUAUGUAUACUGUACAUUUACAUCAAUUUCAGAUCAUGAAUCAAUCUGUACACUGAUGUGGUAAACUCAGAUGUUUACUAUUACAUUUCAUAUGACUGCAUAGUAGUGGUAAGGUACUUGUAACUUGUCCAACUUUCUCUAACUGAGAGAGAAACUUUGCUCUAAAACAGUACUGCAGAAAUGUAUUUCCUCCAGCAUUUUCAAGUAGGUCAGCUUUGUUCUGUCUGUCUACUCUCUCUCUCUCUCUCCUCAGGCUAGAAACAUAGCUGUCUGCAUUGAGUUCAAGGAUUCGGAUGAGGAGGAUGCUGUUUCGCUCAAGGUAUGCUCCUAGUCAUAUGACUCCUUCUGGCAGAGUUCCUGGAGCCACAGUGCCAUUUAGUAGCAGAGGAGCGGCAUACUACUCAGGGGAGUAAACUUACUGUUGUUAUUACCCACAGUGCAUCUAUGGUCGACCAGGAGGACCCCUGUUUACCAAAAAUGCAUUUGCUGCAGUAUUACAUCACCAGCAUAGCCCAGAGUUUUAUGAUGAGGUACGUUGUUAUAACAAGCCAACCUGGCCAUCCUUAUACAGGCAGCUCCAGUCAUGAUUAGUGAGCAGAUGAAGCAGUGGCAGCAUGUAUGUUUGCUAACUCUUAGGGUGUAUGUUUUUUUCCUGUCCCUCAGUUUAAGAUAGAGCUGCCCACCCAGCUAAAUGAGAAGCACCAUCUGCUGUUCACCUUCUUCCACGUCAGCUGUGACAGCAACAGCAAGGCCAGUACCAAGAAGAGAGAUGUGGUGGAGACACAAGGUAGACACCAGACCCAGGAUUAGGGUUGCAAAAUUCUAGGAAUUUUCAAUAAAUUCCCUGUUUUUUCUGAAAUCCAGGUUGGAGGAUUCCAGAUUUCCUACUUAUUCCCUAUUGAUUUUAGGCAAUCCACCAACCGGGACCGAAAUGUAAAGUUCCCCGAAUUUUGCAAUCCUACCCAGGAUACAGCCGUCAAGACCUAGAUCCAGUGUUAAGCCAUGCAAAUGAAUUGUAUCCACCCUGUUUCUCUCCAUUGCUCCCCCCAGUAUAAGGAUUUGUGUCUGUGUCUGUUUCCAUUCUUCCCGAUUCUCCCAGAGCUGAGUCACUGUUCUGUAACCAUCGAGAUCCUAGUCAAUUAAUUACUAUUCUAAUUCCUAAUUCUAUGGGUGUGACACUAUCUGUGAGCAGACUGACAGUUCUGUCUCUUGUCCUUGUCUGUCCCCAGUCGGUUACGCCUGGCUGCCUCUGCUGAAGGAUGGCAGGGUGAUCAUGAAUGAGAGUCACGUCCCCGUGGCUGCCAACCUGACCGCUGGCUACCUCAGCUGUCAGGAGGGUGUCAGCAAGGUAGUGCUCCCUUCACUCCCACAAACACACACACACACAUACACUGUGGCUUCCUUUUCCCUUUCCGAGGCUCCUUUCCUUCAUCACCACAAAACUGAAAGAACAUAAUGGGUUUAAAGCUAUUGGAUUUAAACCUAUCCAGUCAUUUUAGAUCAGUAAAAUCUAACCUAUUUUGGCCGUGAAAGAAAGUAGAGGCGUGAGCCACAGACUUAACCUUUGUGUGUAGUGCCCUGCCUGUAAAUUAGAGUUGGCACUGUGGGGAUUGCUUGUUGUCUUCCUCAAGGUUGUGUGAGAUGUAAUUAUCUGAGCCAAUCAGGGAAGGUGAAAGCGUACAACAGUGUGACCAAACAAUAUUAAGCUAAUUGCAUGGGAAAAUAUGGCUGAAUGAAUUACUGAUGAUGGGAGUUUCAACUUAAUGUUGAGCUUUAGAUCUGUUCUCAGCAUUGUUUUGGAUCAACCUACAGUAAACUAAAUGCCUUUCAUUUUGUAUACGUUUCUGCAAAUACCUCCCCUAACAAGCAACGUUUGAAAUGUGUUCUACCUUCUUGUGGCUUUGAGUCAGUGACUUUUAUCACAGAGUGAAAUUUUAAAUACAUAACCAAUACAUGUUGCGUGAUCCAAUACAUAACCUUUUGUAGUAUGAUAACCACUGACUUUGUUUUUAUGAUUAAAAUAUGUCCUAUGUCUCACGCAGCAGCAUCCUGAAAUCAAAUGGGUGGAUGGAGGCAAGCCUUUGUUCAAGGUGUCCACUCACCUUGUCUCCACCGUGUAUACUCAGGUUGGUUUCAGUUCACAGAUUAGUUCAGUGACACAACUGACCCAGGAUUCUUUAAUGCAUGUUCUCCAUAGUCUUUCCUAGAAAUCGUGUGUUCUAACAUCUCAACCUUUUCUUUCCUCUGUAGGAUCAACAUUUGCACAAUUUCUUUGCCCACUGUCAGAGCACAGAGUCUGCAGCUCAGGUGGCGGGAGGAGAGCUGGUCAAGUAUCUGAAGGUAAAGCAGCAACUGUGGCACCUCUGGGCAUUACCAGUAUGUGUGGAGACAUGUCUGACUGACUGGGGUCUGAAAGAAAUGACACCUGUCACAUCUCUCUCUUUUUCUCCCCUCUCUCCCCAACACCUGUCACCCAUCAUUCUGAUUUCCUCAGGAUGUUUAGAAAUCGGUGCUUGUUUACUCAGGCCUGGGUGGGACAAUGCUAACAUAACCCUAACUCUAAUCCACGGGCGCUCUCUCCAUUGUCCCCCUGUGGACAUUGACAUUUUCAGAUGUAUCUCUGGGGUGCUCAAGUAAACACACUAGUCCACAGCACACAAACAAUGGCAAGAGGGUCACACAAGGUCAGGAGUUAGCAGAGAGCGUUUCACUGGCAGGUUGCCAAAAGAUUUGGCUGGCCUUGGCUGUGUUAGCGGCCCGUGCAGAUGUAGGCUCUUAAUUUGAUCACCCUGUUGCAGGGGAACCUUCCUGGAAACACUUGUAGUGUAUUUGAGGUUUAAAAAGGUUUCUGAAGUUUGUAAUUUCCACUUUUAAAUUUUGUAUCAACCCCUACAAAAAUGUCCAUUAAUUAUAAUCCACAUAUUUCACAGUUCCUUUUGCCGCAGGAUUAUUUUCCUGCUGUAGCAAACUGGCUCAAAUGAAGAUCCUACAUAGCCAGUGAUGCACCACUGCCCAGCUCUGCCUCAUUACAGGAUCUAACUAAUAGACGUGUGUGAUUUAACACAUGCUUAUUCUCAGGUGUGUCCUGUUAUUCUUUGCGACUUCCGUUUCCUCUUACGCAAGCUUGUGUUUGGUUCUUUCGGAUGUGGGAUGCAACUUUCACCCCCUCAUAGACUCAGAGACUGAUUAGAGCCAGGAUGGGAGGAAAUGUUUAUAGUACGCCACCAAGCAUUUAGAUUGAAGCUGAUUUUUGUUCUCAUGUAGCCUUGUUUUAUCUCGUUUUUAUCUAGUUUUAACAUAAGUUAAUUCUGUUCGUGCAGUUAACCCUGUCUAGACCUUUGAUGUGCUUGUGGAUGAUAUUCUGCAGGUUCAGCCUUUUGGCUGGGAGGGGAGCACAGAAAAACACAAUGCCUUCAGCAUCUUAUUAACUGCAUUCUCCCCCCCCCCCCCCCCCCCAGAGUCUUCAUGCUAUGGAAAGUCACGUGAUGGUUAAGUUCCUGCCCACCACUCUCAACCAGCUGUUCCGGGUGUUGACAAUUGCCACCCUUGAGGAGGUGGUCGUCAACGUCACCAGGUCAGUAGUCUGGGUCCCAAAUGGCACCCUAUUCCCUAUGUAGUGCAAUACUUUUGACUAGGGCCCAUAGGGAAACUAUAUGGGGAAUAGGCUGCCAUUUUGGACGCAGCCAUAGACAUGGUACACUGGGUUCACUAUUUGAAGCCUGAGUAUUGAGACACAAACCACAGACAUGUUAUUAUUGCAUGCACAACUCUUACACAUGCUUUUUGCCCCAUUCAGAGUCAUGAUUCACAUUGUUGCCCAGUGCCACGAAGAGGGGUUGGAACACUAUCUACGAUCAUAUGUCAAGGUAAGCAAGAUACCGGUCGAUUUUAUCAUAUGGCACAUUUUCUUAUGCUGUGUUUAUAGAAAAGCUGAUGUUGUUUUUGUCCCUUUCCUGGUUCAGUAUGUGUUUAAGACCGAGCCAUACACAGCAACCACCACAAGAACAGUGCAUGAGGAGCUGGCCAAAGCUAUGACUGCAAUUCUAAAGCCUUCCACAGACUUCCUCACCAGCAACAAGCUGCUCAAGGUAAUAGAUAGCACAGCAUUAGUGUGGAAAAGGAUGCUAUUGACAUUUACAUCAUGUUUCAUGUUUGCAUUGAUUUGUAUUUGUUUCCGUAUUUCUGUUUUGUAGUACUCCUGGUAUUUCUUCGAAGCCUUAGUAAAGUCCAUGGCCCAAUACUUGAUUGAGAGCAGUAAAGUCAAGGUAAGUCUGAUGUGACACUUUACUAAGCCAACUAAGUCUUCAUUUUUCUUUUAUAGAAAUGUCAGCUUAUCAGUGACAGCUCCGAACAUGCACAGCCAUGUGGGCUGCCACAGAAUAAAGCACAGCCAUGUCUCAUAACUAACCAUCGCCUCAAUGCUAUCCACAGCAAUCUCCCCUAAUCAACCAUAGCCCUGAGUUUCCUCUCUGGCAUGGCCGUGUAUAAUCAGGAAGCUGCUGUAGGAACCAUUAGGAGUGUGCCACACUAAACAGAGGAAACAGGGAGACUCCGUUAAGGGUUCUCCCUCUGCUGUGGUUUUGUGGUGGUUCACUGGGAUGGCCUCUCUCUGGGAAUAGCUGUGGUGGGAUCAGAAACACAACAGCAAGUUGUUUUUGGAAGUGUGUCACUCCUCAAGGACCACAUUGGAAAUUAAAGUGUUGUAUAUGACUUUCAUGUGUUAGCCUCUGGGCCCUACUGUAAUCCUAACCUAAAAAGUAAUUAAAUCAAAUCAAAAAUUGACAGUAACACCACGGACUGUAACACCACGGACUGUAACACCACGGACAGUAACAGCAUUGACAGUAACACCACGGACAGUAACACCACUCACAGUAACACCACUCACAGUAACAGCAUUGACAGUAACACCACAGACUGUAACACCACGGACUGUAACACCACGGACAGUAACACCAUGACAGUAACACCACGGACAGUAACACCACGGACUGUAACACCACGGACUGUAACACCACUCACAGUAACAGCAUUGACAGUAACACCACGGACAGUAACACCAUUCACAGUAACAGCAUUAACAGUAACACCACGGACUGUAACACCACGGACUGUAACACCACGGACUGUAACACCACGGACAGUAACACCACUCACAGUAACUGCAUUGACAGUAACACCACGGACAGUAACACCACUCACAGUAACAGCAUUGACAGUAACACCACGGACUGUAACACCACGGACUGUAACACCACGGACAGUAACACCACUCACAGUAACACCACGGACAGUAACACCACGGACUGUAACACCACGGACUGUAACACCACGGACUGUAACACCACGGACUGUAACACCACUCACAGUAACAGCAUUGACAGUAACACCACGGACAGUAACACCAUUCACAGUAACAGCAUUGACAGUAACACCACGGACUGUAACACCACGGACUGUAACACCACGGACUGUAACACCACGGACUGUAACACCACAGACAGUAACACCACUCACAGUAACACCACGGACAGUAACACCACGGACAGUAACACCACUCACAGUAACACCACGGACUGUAACACCACGGACUGUAACACCACGGACUGUAACACCACGGACAGUAACACCACGGACGGUAACACCACGGACUGUAACACCACUCACAGUAACAGCAUUGACAGUAACACCACGGACUGUAACACCACGGACUGUAACACCACGGACUAACAUCACGGACAGUAACACCACUCACAGUAACAGCAUUGACAGUAACACCAUGGACAGUAACAUCACGGACAGUAACACCACUCACAGUAACAGCAUUGACAGUAACACCAUUGACAGUAACACCACAGACAGUAACACCACGGACAGUAAUAGCAUUGACAGUAACACCACUCACAGUAACACCACGGACAGUAACACCACUCACAGUAACAGCAUUGACAGUAACACCACGGACUGUAACACCACGGACUGUAACACCACGGACAGUAACACCACUCACAGUAACAGCAUUGACAGUAACACCACGGACAGUAACACCACUCACAGUAACACCACGGACUGUAACACCACGGACUGUAACACCACGGACAGUAACACCACUCACAGUAACAGCAUUGACAGUAACACCACGGACUGUAACACCACGGACUGUAACACCACUCACAGUAACAGCAUUGACAGUAACACCAUUGACAGUAACACCACAGACAGUAACACCACGGACAGUAAUAGCAUUGACAGUAACACCACGGACUGUAACACCACGGACAGUAACACCACUCACAGUAACACCACGGACAGUAACACCACUCACAGUAACAGCAUUGACAGUAACACCACGGACUGUAACACCACGGACAGUAACACCACUCACAGUAACAGCAUUGACAGUAACACCACGGACAGUAACACCACUCACAGUAACACCACGGACUGUAACACCACGGACAGUAACACCACUCACAGUAACAGCAUUGACAGUAACACCACGGACAGUAAACACCACUCACAGUAACAGCUCUGGCGGUAACAGCUUGUCUCUGUUUCUCAGCUGUCCAGGAACCAGCGUUUCUCGGCCGGCUUCCACCACACGGUGGAAACCCUGGUCAACAUGAUGAUGCCCCACAUCACCCAGAAGUACAAGGACAACCUGGACGCAGCCCGGAACGCCAACCACAGCCUGGCUGUCUUCAUCAAGGUCAGCUGGCGCCAUCUGAUUGGCUAGUCUGGCACCGUUGGUCCUCCUUGUAGUCGGUUCGGGAUUAAAACAAUGUAUUGGUGUUCAAUAGAGGUUGAUGAUAUCCACUGUUCUGUACUCUACUGAGCUGUAUGUGGAAAUGUCAUUUCCUUCCUGUGUCCACAGCGCUGUUUCACCCUCAUGGACAGAGGCUUUGUCUUCAAACAGAUCAACAACUACAUCAACUGCUUUGUGCCUGGAGACCCCAAGGUAGUUAUCAUGAUGAUUAUUUACAAUGUCAUUACAAUGAUAGUCAUAUUUCCACUACUAUACCUUUGUUUCUUACACUAAUGUGCUCUUCUUUUCAGACUCUGUUUGAGUUCAAGUUUGAGUUCCUGCGUGUCAUAUGCAACCACGAGCACUACAUCCCCUUGAAUCUGCCCAUGCCUUUUGGAAAGGGGAGGAUACAGAGAUUUCAAGGUGAGCACAUUUCCAUCAUUUGGUCAAAAUAAAAGCGACUGUAUGAAGGUAUACCAGGGUCAUAUGAGGUACUUCUAUUGAACUAGAAGCACAAUGCUGUUGUAAUAUGAAGUUUUGAAAGCUGUCUGCCAAAGUCAAAGGCUCUUGUCCUUUUUUAUAUAGAGUGUUUUAGCAGAUAGUGGAUUAAAUCGUUUCUCCAGCAGUAUCUCAUCAAACUCAAGUACAGUACCUGUACUGUCCAAGUUCUGAUAGACCACAGUCAGCCAAAUGUCAUAAAGACAUGUUACAGUAUAUAAUGUACUGUUCUCUCUGUAUUCCUGCUAUCUCUGUUUUGAAUAGAUCUUAUUUGUUUGUUUCCAUCUUGUUCCUCUUCUCUCUUUUGCCAAUUAGCUUUACUUUCUCCCAACAUGGAGUCAUACAAUACUCCUGUAGGUAGGUUCAAGGUGUGCUGCUUGCUUGUCCUGUCAGAAAAAAAAUACUUUGAUCCAACCCUUUAAUGAUGGCCACAUGGGCAAAAUAAUCCCCUUGAACAACUCAAUUCAAUCAUUCAUUCAACAGCAUCAUUGCAUACACUUGGUGUGGAUGUGGAAUUAUUCAUUUGUCUCUCCCAUGUCUAAUACUAAAUGAUCACAAUGUUUAUGAUUUAUCUCCAUCUAUAACUGUAAUUGGCUGUAGUGAGUGAGUGAGUGAGUGAGAAAAGGUAUGGGUGUGUGUGUAGGUUUUUAUUCUUUGUACUACAAAGCGUUCUUAUUUCUUUGUCAAGGGUAUGGAUUGUGCGACUAUAUAAAUAGGUUUGUCCUUGAGGGCUAAAUCUUUUUCUCCUAUAUAUUUUUUUCAAUUUAAAGUAACAUUGCGGAGGUGUUUACAUUUAAAAUGUGCAUGUAAACCAAUUACAGCUUAUAUUGAGGCUAACAGUGAAAUUUGAUCACCACCAUUUCAGUACACCUUCUGUGUCACUUGUGAUUUGAUUUCACUUGUGCCUCAUGCUCUGUGAAGCUCUAUCAGUUUAUUUGCCAGUCUGUUACCCAUAUAAACCACCCUGCUUGCUAACGGAAUCUGUUCAUUCACUGCAUGGUCCCUGACUCCUCUAGCCUCAUAAUUACCAGACAAAUGGCCGAUCUGUGUAGCGAAACAGAAUGUAAGCUUGUGAGCCUUCCGGAUGGUUGUACGAGGUUACGACUCCUGUCUGGUUGUCUAUUUUGACUGGUAAUCUCUGUUAUACACUACCAGUCAAAGGUUUGGACACACCUACUCAUUCAAGGGUUUUUCUUUUUUUUUUUUAUGUUGACUUUGUAAAAUAAUAGUGAAGACAUCAAAACUAUGAAAUAACACAUAUGGAAUCAUGUAGUAACUAAAAAAGUGUUAAUCAAAUGAAAAUAUAUUUUGUUUUUGAGAUUCUUCAAAUAGCCACCCUUUGCCUUGAUGACAGCUUUGCACACUCUUGGCAUUCUCUCAACCAGCUUCAUGAGGUAGUCACCUGGAAUGCAUUACAAUUAACUGGUGUGCCUUCUUAAAAGUUAAUUUGUGGAAUUUAUUUCCUUCUUAAUGCGUUUGAGCCAAUCAGUUGUUUUGUGACAAGGUAGGUGGGGUAUACAGAAUAUCGCCCUAUUUGGUAAAAGACCAAGUCCAUAUUAUGGCAAGAGCAGCUCAAAUAAGCAAAGAGAAACGACAGUCCAUCAUUACUUUAAGACAUGAAGGUCAGUCAAUACUGAAAAUGUCAAGAACUUUAAAAGUUUGCAAAAACCAUCAAGCGCUAUGAUGAACUGGCUCUCAUGAGGACCACCACAGGAAUGGAAGACCUGCUGCAGAGGAUACAUUCAUUAGAGUUACCAGCCUCAGAAAUUGCAGCCCAAAUAAAUGCUUCACAGAGUUCAAGUAACAAACACAUCUCAACAUCAACUGUUCAGAGGGGACUGUGUGAAUCAGGCCUUCAUGGUCGAAUUGCUGCAGAGAAACCACUACUAAUGGACACCAAUAAGAAGAAGAGACCUGCUUGGGCCAAGACACGAGCAAUGGACAUUAGGCCGGUGGAAAUGUGUCCUUUGGUCUGGAGUCCAAAUUGGCGAUUUUCGGUUCAAACCGCCGCAUCUUUGUGAGUCUAGGUGUGGGUGAAAGGAUGAUCUCCGCAUGUGUAGUUCCUACCGUAAAGCAUGGAGGAGGAGGUGUUAUGGUGUGGGGGUGCUUUGCUGGUGACACUGUCUGUGAUUUAUUUAGAAUUCAAGGCACACUUAACCAGCAUGGCUACCACAGCAUUCUGCAGUGAUACGCCAUCCCAUCUGGUUUGGGCAUAGUGGGACUAUCAUUUGUUUUUCAACAGGACAAUGACCCAACACACCUCCAGGCUGUGUAAGGGCUAUUUUACCAAGAAGGAGAGUGAUGGAGUGCUGCAUCAAAUGACCUGGCCUCCACAAUCCCCCGACCUCAACCCAAUUGAGAUGGUUUGGGAUGAGUCGGAUGGCAGAGUGAAGGAAAAGCAGCCAACAAGUGCUCAGCAUAUGUGGGAACUCCUUCAAGACUGUUGGAAAUGCAUUCCAGGUGAAGCUGGUUGAGAGAAUGCAAAGCUGUCAUCAAGGCAAAUGGUGGCUAUUUGAAGAAUCUCAAAUAUAAAAUAUAUUUUUAUUUGUUUUUCACUUUUUUGGUUACUACAUGAUUCCAUAUGUGUUAUUUCAUAGUUUUGAUGUCUUCACUAUUAUUCUACAAUGUAAACAAAAUAGUAAAAAUAAAGAAAAACCCUUGAAUGAGUAGGUGUGUUCAAACUUGGCUGGUACUGUAUAAAAGUUAUUGUAAUAAUUUCCAACCACUGUUCUUUGAUUGUAGUUGUUGUGUAUUUUUAUUGUAUUUUAUCAAAUCAAUUAUCAUAAGUGAUCAUGAAAAUGUAAUCAUAUAGUAGCUCACUGUAACCAAUAUGUGUUAUCCUAUCCUUACGCAAAUAGAUUAUCAGCAUGUAUUGGGGUUGUUUUGUUGUUGAAGGUUUGUUUGAAUACUUUCUCUCGGUGGAAUAGUUUCUCAGUGUUGGAAAUAGUUUUGAUUACAAUCUACAUUAGAGUUCAAGUGCAGUUGAACUUCAUUCUGAUGGCGCCAGUCUAUUUAAGGUCAAAGGUCGGCUCAGUACUACAGUGGGGUUAUUGUUUACAUCAGAGCAGAUAGUUUAGGUUCAGGACUUCCUCCUAAAGUCUGUCUCCUGUCUGUCCUCCUUCCAGACCUCCAGUUGGACUACUCGCUGACAGACGACUUCUGUAAGAACCACUUCCUUGUUGGGCUGCUGCUGCGGGAGGUUGGCGGGGCCCUGCAGGAGUUCCGAGAGAUCCGUCAGAUAUCCAUCCACGUGCUCAAGAACCUGAUGGUCAAGCACACCUUUGACGAUCGCUACACCUCCAAGGUAAGCAGCCUAAUUAUCCCCAUGUCUUUCCUCUCUAGUCAUUUCGAAAUUCCUCAUAAGGGGCAAUGAAGUUUAAUCAGAGCUUUAUCUCUAUUUCAGAGCCAGCAGGCUAGGUUGGCAACUCUCUACCUGCCCCUGUUCGGUCUACUCCAGGAGAACGUCAACAGGCUCAAUGUGAAGGAAGUCUCCCCAUUCACCAUCAACCACUCCAACAAUGUAAGGCUGACAUCUAGUGGCUGGCUACCACCACAACGCAAAGCCCUACCUGUAAAUGUUUUACUUUACUAAUGGUCCUUUUUCCUUUCAGAAUGGAAGAGAUGACCCACUCAUGGGCAACUCCAUGAUGAUGACGCCUCCACGCUCCAGUACUUUGUUAGACAACAGUUUGCACAAGGAUGUGUUUGGGGUCAUCUCUGGCACCGGUGAGAUUCAGUCUGCUUUUGGCAGGCAACGAUAUGACACUCGACUCAUGUUGUCCCAUGGCGAUUGAGCGACAUGCGGGCCUUGAGUUUAACUGUGCUGUUGUCUUUGUGUUCUCCAGCUUCCCCGCACGCGUCCUCCACCCCCAACAUUAACUCUGUCCGCCACGCUGACUCCCGGGGCUCCCUCAUCAGCACUGACUCUGGCAACAGUCUUCAUGAGAAGAGCAACGAUAAGACCAACUCUCUGGACAAGGUACAUCUCCAUGGAGUCAUACUAUAGCCACCGACAUGGACCAUUACUUAAAGAUGAUCAUUUUUACUUUCACUUAUUGAGGGUGUAGCCUAUGCCUGGGGUAUGUGUCCUACUAGCACAUGGCAUCCAUCAGGAUAUCAGAUCACUGCAGUGCUGUUAGUCCAUUUGGGCUAGAAAUAAAUCUGUGUGGGUCAAGAUGAGUUUAGCAGCUAUUCAGUGAAUGAGAUUUAGGCCACAUAUUUAGUUGAGGAUAUUUCAUGCAUCAUUUUCAGUAUUUCUCACUGACACAUAAGAGGUGCAUCCAUUAUACCAGACAGUUAUGAGGUUAUUCCCUAUUAACUUGUUGUUGUACCAUUGGCUCCAACACCCACCCACACACUCCUGCUGCUGGCAGAAGGAGAAUGUCAGGCGGAGACACUCUGCCAACGUGCUGCGCUUCUUUUCCGAGCCCGAGGACUCCAUGCUUUCCAUUCGCGCCAAGCGAGCCACCAUGGACUUUUCCCUGCUCACUGUCCCCAGUGUCUCAGAGAAUCAUGUCCCGCAUCACACCACCACUCCACUCCAAGUACAGAAUACAAAUUAACCUUCCUCCCAAGAGUGUCCCGUCUGGGAGUGUGUGAAAGUGUGUGUGUUUUAGUCUUUGCUGAGUUCCUUUCUUUGCCAGGCGGAUGAUACACAGUUUCGUCUCUGGUGCCAUGAAGCACAGCUACUGCAUGUCUUCAUGGGGUUUUCUGUAGAAGUGAUACACACAGCUGGAGUGUCUUGAUUUCUGAUCUCUCUCACGUGUGCUGUGUGACUCUUCUAUCUCAGUCUGUAAGAGUUCUGAGGACCAGUCUCAGAACUCUAGUACAGAGUUUUGUGUAGAAUAUUCCCUUUCUUUGUGUUAUGUUUCUGCCCAUUUUUUUCAGUUUUCUUUAUGAAUGAUACUCUAAGGAGACAGUUAGCCAGAAGGGGAAAGAAAGUCAUUAAUGUGUAAUAUCUGCUUAAUUUUUAAGCUGUGGAUGAUACCCAAUUUAUAAAUCUCUCUUAAUAAAGAAUUCAUGCAAAUGAUCGCCUACCCUCUUCAGUCAAGUUCUUAGACUUAUAUGGGGCAGCUAAGUUUAGCCGCUAACUUUCUCUGUCAAAACUCCUCCACGAAAAGACAUAGCUUCAGUCUUUCCAUGAGGUCAUCCUCAGUUAGGAGUUCUGGUCUAGACUAACUCACCGCUGGCAACGGAAGAUGCUGUAUUCCGCCAAACCCACGCUGUGGUAGAACUGCUGAUUCCUGCUCCCUGCUCUCUACCGGCUUGGAGAAUCCUAGUGAUUAGGCCCUGCACUAGAGCUGAUCUGGCAGUCUCACCCGUGUCUAGAGGCCAACAGGGCCUGAGUGACUGACUCCAUUACUGUAGUAAUACUGCACCGUGAGUCAUACUGCUAGCCAUUACAGUAGGCUUAUCAGCACAUCAUAUCACAUUAAUGCUAAUGUAUAGGAAGUAGAUGUACUGAAGGGCAAUUUAGCAUUGCAUAAUCAUGUCAAUGAUAAACUCUAGUGUUUUGCGCUGAGCAUUCAAUAUUUUUCUACCCUUUUUUUGCCUUAUAGAACAUGCAUGGAUUGAGAUAAGAUGAAGAAGUAGACAACAACAUGGCAAAUAUGUCUACAAAGACAGGAAAUAGGACAAAUACCACAAAUCUCCCAAUAGCAUUAUGCUGUGAAUAGAGCAGUGCAACAGGCCAAAUGUAGAGUGGUGUAGUGUAUUCCAGCUGAUCGCUGACCAGUGUGUCUGUCCCUCAGAACCAGCCAGCCUCAGCCCUGGGCAGCAGCCUACUGCGCUGUGACAAACUGGACCAGGCUGAGAUCAAGAGCCUGCUCAUGUGCUUCCUGCACGUCCUCAAGAGCAUGUCUGAGGGUAAGACCACACCGCUCUCUAGUGCAAGUACAUGAUUCUAUGUUGUUUUUUUUGGGGGGGGGGGUAGGAUAUGCUUAGUGAGCUGUGUUUUCCACAGCCAGUGGUUUCCCCAAGGCUGCAUCCCACAUGACACCCUAUUCUCUAUUUAGUGCACUGUUUUUGAGUGCUAUUUGGGACGCAGCGCAGGUGACUCUCUCUAACUCCCUUCUAUCCUUCUUUCAGAUGCCUUGUUUACAUACUGGAACAAGGCCUCAUCUGCUGAGCUCAUGGACUUCUUCACACUAGUAGAGUAAGAAGUCAACUCUUGGCUUGGCCGUGUUGUUAUUGUCCUGAUGCUACUCUAUACCAUUUACUAUACAUAUCGGGUAUGUUUUAAGCAUUCUCUAUGAGUAACAAUGAGUCUCCAACGUUUUUGUUUCCAGGGUGUGUCUCCAUCAAUUCAGAUACAUAGGAAAAAGAUCCAUCGCAAGGUAAUGUUGUUGUCAGAAUGGUUCAAUUAGUUGUAUGGCGCUUUUAUGUAAUACCUGUAUAUGAGACUACAUUCUUGAUUUAUUACACUUUCAUAGAUUUUAUAUAUUUAUAUUAUUGUGUAUAUAAUUGUGUUGAUUCAAAUGUUGUUAUGUUAAUGUUGUGUGAAUAUUGUCCAAGCUAUUUUAGGGACAUUAUAUUAUACUAUUUUAAGGUAUAGGAAUGAAUGUUGUUUUCUAGUAACACCUGAGACCAGAACACAACCAGUGACUGAUAUUUCUACUGAUAGGUCCAAAACAGUACUAAUGUGUGGUUUAGAUUGUUGAGCUUUGUUAACAUUGUGUGUAAAGUAAAGCCCCUGAAACACUACACCAUAUAAACACACCAUACAGUACGCUCAUAAUUUGCCUUUGGACUCUGGCACACACUUUCUCUGUGGGAGCUCUGCGCCAGACAAACUGGUGGCUGUGGGUCUCACUCUCCACUCUCUCUAACCCACCACCACUCUCUCUGUUUUUCUAUUCACUUAAAUGCUGGCAAGUUUAAUAUAGUAAAAAAAAAAAACAUGGCUCCUGCCCCCUCCUGCUUGGGUAAGACUAGAGGUGGAAUUAACUCUCCUAUACUAAAAGCAUGUUGCCUUCUCUCUUUUCUGAUUGACCAUCUUAUAACAGCACACAACUGAUUGGGCAUGUAAUAGCACCACAAAACUCUACCCUGACAUAAUCUUCACAGUAUAGUGUGUCUCUCUCAUUGUUAUGUGCAUGCGCUGGCUUCUGCUGCUACUAACUGCUGUAAUGCUGAUGUGGCACUGUCUGAUACAUUGCAUGAGAAACACGCUUCUCUGAAUUGCCUCACAGCUAUGCUUUACUUCUCAACACUAUAUCAGGACUGUAUAGAUCACAAAUAGAAAGAAUAGCAGUGUGUUAAAUUAGCUCAAAGAUGCUCCCAAUAUACCUAAUGCAGACAUUUGUUCAUGUCCUAGAGAUGCGUUUGAUUUUCUCUUUGACCCUAUUUCUAGCCUGGGAGCCAGUUUAUGAUGAAGGCAACCACAAAGGAGUCUUAAACAGAACCUGAUCUGGCUACCAGGCUAUACAGUAUUUCCUAUCAUUUUGAAAUCAGUAGAAUAGUUAGGUAUGUGUAAUAUACACUCUAACCUGCUUGACUAACCCUGGUCAUGCUGGUAGUGGGCCACUCAUCUAACAGUGUCCUGUUUCCACAUCAGGAACCAGGAAGGGGUGGGACUCGUAGCAGCACAUGAGCGGAAGUCUCAGACUCUGCCUGUGUCCCGUAACAGGGCGGGAAUGAUGCAUGCCCGCUUACAGCAACUCAGCAGCCUGGAUAACUCAUACACUUUUAACCACAGUAAGUGCCCCAAAACACCCACCUCUAAACCAAAGGCCCCUCGGCUCCUCCCUCUGUAGUCAGUCACCUCAUGAUCAUCAUCAUUCUCUUCAUUAGUAUCAUGUGUGCCAAACCCAAAAGUCCAAAGUCAGCCGUUCUAGAGCCAUCCAUGGAUUCCUCCAUGGAUGUUGUGGUUUUGAGUGAACAAAAGUGAAGGGUUUUAUGCUAGAGAGUAUAUGACCCCUUGGGUCAGUCGUCACUGGAUAUGUGUUGAAGGGAUGGUUUUCAUUGGGCCCAGUUCACUGUGUAACGUUAUACUGACUUCACCGAAAGCAAAAGAGAUUCAACUCUAUAGUGUAGGGUGUCUGUUACAUGAUUCCCUUUAAUGAAGUGAAUUUCUUUGUGUUUUCAGUGUAAGAAAGAUUUCAAGUGUUCUUGGAAUAUCUGUAGACCAUGGUAAGAAUGUAUCAGGUCAACGACAGGCAGCUUGCAGACUAUUUACUAUAAGCUCUGUUCAUCUGGUUGAAUUAAGAGCAUGCCAUUUUAGCUGAGAAUGAGCCAUUUUAAACCCUCUGAUCCCUCUAUCCUGUUUAUUUCUGUUCCCUUCUUAACUCACUUCCUUGUAUUCAAACCUCUGAAAAAUCACAAGUAAAAUGCAUUUUGUAUUCAACUCCACUGAAUAUUAUUUCCUCCUCUGAAGCAAAGUUGUUUUGCCUUAAUACUAAUGAUGACUAUUCUCUCUAACAGUAUUGUAGUGAUUACUCACAAGAGGGCAUCUAUGCAGCCCUGACUCAGUAUGCGUCCCAAAUGGCACCCUAUUCCCUAUACCAGAGACCUAUGGGCCCUGUUCAAAAGUAGUGCACUAAAUAGGGAAUAGGGUGCAAUUUAAGAGUUGAGGGGUGAUUUGAAAGUGCUCCAGCAGUGUGGUGUGUGUCCUCUGCAGCCUAUAGCCACUCUGAUGCUGACGUGGUGAACCAAUCGGUCCUGGAAGCUAACAUUGCCACGGAGGUCUGCCUCACCGUGCUGGACACUCUCAGCAUCUUCAUCAUGGGAUUCAAGGUACCCUCCUAGCUGUGGUUUCUGUUGGUUAUAAUAAGCGGGCCUCAACAUGUAAAAGCCAUCUCAAUGCCUUACUUAUAGUGCAUUCGGAAAGUAUUCAGGCCUCUUCCCUUUUUCCACAUUUUGUUACGUUACAGCCUUAUUCUAAAAUUGAUUACAUUUCUUUUUUUCCCUCAUCAAUCUACACACAAUACCCCAUAAUGACAAAGCAUAAGUAUUCAGACCCUUUGCUAUGAGACUCGAAAUUGAGCUCAGGUGCAUCCUGUUUCCAUUGAUCAUCCUUGAGAUGUUUCUACAACUUGAUUGGAGUCCACCUGUGCUAAAUUCAAUUGAUUGGACAUGAUUUGGAAAGGCACACACCUGUCUAUAUAAGGUCCCACAGUUGACAGUGCAUGUCAGAGCAAAAACCAAGACAUGAGGUCGAAUAAAUUGUCCGUAGAGCUCUGAGACAGGAUUGUGUCAAGGCACAGAUCUGGGGAAGGGUACAAAAACAUUUCUGCAGCAUUGAAGGUCCCCAAGAACACAGUGGCCUUCAUCAUUCUUAAAUGGGAGAAGUUUGGAACCACCAAGACUCUUCCUAGAGCUGGCCGCCCGGCCAAACUGAGCAAUCGGGGGAGGACCUUGGUCAGGGAGGUGACCAAGAACCCGAUGGGUUCUUCUGUGCAGAUGGGAGAACCUUCCAAAAGGACAACCAUCUCUGCAGCACUCCACCAAUCAGGCCUUUAUGGUAGAGUGGCCAGACAGAAGCCACUCCUCAGUAAAAGGCUCGACAGCCCGCUUGGAGUUUGCCAAAAGGCAACUAAUGGACUCUCAGAUCAUGAGAAACAAGAUUCUCUGGUCUGAUGUAACGAAGAUUGAACUCUUUGGCCUGAAUGCCAAGCGUCACGUCUGGAGGAAACCUGGCACCAUCCCUACGGUGAAGCAUGGUGGUGGCAGCAUCAUGCUGUGGGGAUGCUUUUCAGCGGAAGGGACUGGGAGACUAGUCAGGGUCGAGGGAAAGAUGAACGGAGCAAAGUACAGAGGGAUCCUUGAUGAAAACCUGCUCCAGAGUGCUCAGGAACUCAGACUGGGGGCGAAGGUUCACCUUCCAAUAGGACAAUGACCCUAAGCACACAGCCAAGACAACGCAGGAGUGGCUUUGGGACAAAUCUCUGAAUGUCCUUGAGUGGCCCAGCCAGAGCCUGGACUUGAACCCGUUUGAACAUCUCUGGAGAGACCUGAAAAUAGCUGUGCUGCGAAACUCCCCAUCCAACCUGACAGAGCUUGAGAGGAUCUGCAGAGAACAAUGGGAGAAACUCCCCAAAUACAGGUGUGCCAAGCUUGUAGUGUCAUACCCAAGAGGACUCGAGGCUGUAAUCGCUGCCAAAGGUGCUUCAACAAAGUACUGAGUAAAGUGUCUGAAUAUUUAUGUAAAUGAAUAUUUCUGUUUUUAAUUUUUUAUAAAUUUGCAAAAAUGUCUAAAAAACAGUUUUUGCUUUUUCAUUAUGUGGUAUUGUGUGUAGAUUGAUGAAGAUUAUUAGUUUUUUUUUUUAAUCAAAUUUAGAAUAAGGCUUUAAUGUAACAAAAUGUGGAAAAAGUAGAGGGGUCUGAAUACUUUCUGAAUGUACUGUAUGUGAUUAUGUUAUCUAAUCACUGACAAGAACGCAAUCAUACUUGUGUACAUACAGAACAUGCAUUUGAUAUGUCUUGUUUGCGUUUUUAUUGGAUAUUUCACCUUUUUCCCCACUUCUUAUUUGAUGUUGUCUAUUUCUGUCAGUCCCUUGCUUUUGAAGAUAACUGUCUGUACUGUAUGUCCUCAGACCCAACUCUGUUCGGACCAUGGCCACAACCCGCUCAUGAAGAAGGUGUUCGAGGUGCACCUCUGCUUCCUGCAGAUCAACCAAUCAGAGACAGCCCUCAAGCAGGUCUUCACCUCGCUGCGCACUUUCAUCUACAAGGUAAGGAGGCCAUUGAUUCUUAACACCUCUCUUAAAUAUGCCAAGUAUCUAAUCAUCACUAUGUGUCCGUUUCCAGUUCCCCUGCACCUUCUUCGAGGGCCGAGCGGACAUGUGUGCUUCGUUCUGCUACGAGAUCCUGAAGUGCUGCAACUCCAAGCUGAGCUCCAUCCGCAGUGACGCUGCCCACCUCCUCUACUUCCUCAUGAAGAGCAACUUUGACUACACCGGGCGCAAGUCCUUCGUCCGCACUCACCUACAGGUGAGAGAGACAGGGUUUCCCUUCUACGUGCUCAUACAUUUGUCUCCUCAGAACAUCUCUAUGUAGCAGCACACUAUGGAACUCUCCUAAAGAGCGGUUUGGUUGAUGGUUAUGGUAGUAGUUUGGUAUUGAUGUGUGCAUUUCCUGCCCUCUCGCCCAGGUGGUGAUCGCCGUCAGUCAGCUGAUCGCUGACGUUAUCGGUAUCGGGGGAACCCGCUUCCAACAGUCCCUGUCCAUCAUCAACAACUGUGCCAACAGUGACAAAACCAUCAAGGUCAGAACCCGAUGGACGCGCUAUUCUCAUUCUAACUCCAUGUCAUCAGUAUUGCUUGGUCUUUAAUGAACAUAUCAUAUGAAAUGUAUUACAUCCAAGGUUGGACCACUUGAAUAAUCUGCUGUAUUAUCCUGUAUAGAACACCGCUUUCCCGUCAGAUGUGAAGGACCUGACCAAGCGGAUCCGGACAGUCCUGAUGGCCACGGCUCAGAUGAAGGAGCAUGAGAGGGACCCGGAGAUGCUGGUGGACCUGCAGUAUAGCCUUGCCAAGUCCUACGCCAGCACGCCCGAACUCCGCAAGACCUGGCUGGACAGCAUGGCUCGCAUCCAUGUGAAGAAUGGAGACCUGUCUGAGGUCUGUACCAGGCUAGGGGUCAGAGUUUGGGCCUAAAAAUAUAUAAGUAUAAGUCAAUGCCAGAGGGAUGGGUGUUAUAUUGAUAGGUGUAGUUAUUUAAGGAAUGGAUUAUGGUAGUAUCUCUAUAUACACAGUAUGAGGAUGUUAUAUGAUGAAUUCAAGUCAUGUGGAUGGCUGGUAAAACAUACUGAUGUAUCUGUGAUGUUCUCUGUUGUUCACAGGCAGCCAUGUGUUAUGUGCACGUGGCGGCACUGGUGGCCGAGUAUCUCCGGAGAAAAGGUGCGUUUUCCGUCAGCAGUAGAGAUGUUGCUGAUGAUUGCCAUUCGAUGGUGCCGUUGUCUCUUUUCAAGACAGGAGAACUUCACAAGGGGUUCAUGAAUGGUCAGCUCAAUGUGAUUUUAAUGAAAUGAUUGGUAGUUAUUAGUUAGUUAUUAGUUGGUAGUCCAAUACUAUACUGUGAUUAGUGUACAUAGUGCUAUGUAAUCUGUCGUUCUUUCUAGGUUCCGAUACGAUCAGGGGCCGUAUAUCGAUAUAUCGGGAUAUUAUUUUUGACGAUAUUGCGUGUUGUUUUGACAAUAUCGCAAUAUUAUUUUUGCGCUAGUUGGCUGUACCUGCACCAAAACUCCUUCAUAGCUUGUUCUCCGUCUUCUUUUUAAAUAGUUGUUUUCAGCACUUUUAUUUCUAUGACUGAUCAAAACUCGUUUUCUCAUGGCUCUCUCUUGUCCCUCUGCAGCAGAGAUUUGGUGAGCAAAUGUUUGGAACAUCGAAUCGCAAUAAAAUGGCAGUGUGGAAUCACAAUACAUAUAGAAUCGUGAGAAUCGCAAUACAUAUCGUAUCUCCACCUAAGUAUCGUGAUAAUAUUGUAUCGUGAGGUCCCUGACAAUUCCCAGCCCUAGUAUGUAUCAAGCGUCUUAGAGUUAGAGUGCUGAUCUAGGAUCAGGUCCUCCCUGUCCGUAUUCAAUGUGAUCUAAAAGGCAAAACUGAUCAUAAAUUAGUACUUUUGCUAUGAGAUGCUUGAUACAUACAGCCACAUAUUUUGUAAUGUAACAUAGUGUAAACUGUCGGUCUGUGUUGUUUCACACACAGCUUCUUAACACCAGAGGGAUAAUCAGCUCUGUGAAAGCAGGUCCACUCAUAGCACACUGUAUGAGAGAGCAAUUCUCUGUUUCCCUGACAACAAACUUUGGCUUUUUGCCUUUUUGGAAACCAGAUAAUGUUCUGAAUUAAAUUAUAUUUUCCCCUUAGUGUAUAACCUGUAUAAAAUACCACAGAAAUAAGAACAUGUCUUUCUAUUUGGUAAAUUGAUGAUGUUCCCAUUUCCUUAAUGUCCAUAGGCAUGUUCAAGCAGGGUUGCUCAGCCUUCCGGGUGGUCACUCCCAACAUUGAUGAAGAGGUGUCCAUGAUGGAGGAUGUGGGCAUGCAGGAUGUCCACUUCAACGAGGUGAGAGACUAGCAGCCAGCUGCUCUAUGCUGCUAGGUCAAGACAUGAGUUCUGGUGCUCGUUUGAAUGUCCUUUUUUGGGGGGGCAUAUACAACUCUUAUCUUGUUUAUGUUCAGUUUAUAUCCUUGGAUCAUUUCCAGCACACUUGCUCUUAAAUUUUGGAGUUUGCACUUUCUUGGAGAUAACCAGGCAGCUAUCUUGUAGAGAUCAGUUAUCAGUGAGUCAGCUCUGCUCCGCACUAUCAAACAACAUGCAAAACGAAAGACGCAACCAAUUUCAUGUCUAAUGGUACUUUUGAAUUUAUUACAAAGAAAUCAUCUAUUUUCUCUAAUAAGGCACAGCGUAGCUUACCAUUGUGGCAUAUGAUAGCCGUCCAAUAGCCAUUAAGAGGUGAUGUGGAACAAAUGUGCAUUUAAAUCCCAUUUUCAUAUCCUGUUCACCAUAUCCUCAUUAUACACGAUGUCAUUAGAGUUACACAACUGUUCAUGUUGCGUUGCAUCAAGGACAAUAGGCCUCUAGUACUUUUUUCUUUCCGCUAACCUUCAUAAAGCUUUGAAAUGAAGCCCUUACAUGUGUUGUGUAUAGCCAGAUCUCCUUCGUGUGGACACUGUAUGAAAAGUCAUUCUUUCUCUCGUUCUCGCUCCCAUACAGGAUGUCCUGAUGGAGCUGUUGGAGGAGUGUGCUGAUGGCCUGUGGAAGGCUGAGCGCUAUGAGCUCAUCUCAGACAUCUACAAGCUCAUCAUCCCCAUCUACGAGAAGCGUAGGGACUUUGAGGUACAGCAGCAGACCCGCACCCUCUGUUGGUUCCACUGUCUAUGUCAUGGGGCCCAACACUUAAGGAUAAAGGGCCAAACUUUGAGAAAAGAUGCUGAUUCUUAUCGGUGUGUUUGUGCGUUUCUCAAUUCCACAGAAACUGGCUCACCUGUACGACACGCUCCAUCGUGCCUACAGCAAAGUGACAGAGGUCAUGCACACGGGCAAGAGGCUGCUGGGAACAUAUUUCAGAGUGGCUUUCUUUGGCCAGGUGAGCUAACGAUUGAAAUCUGACGGUAGGCUGUCGUACCACAAAAACAAUGCAAUGGAGAUCAAACAAGUUGUUUCACUUUCCCACUAUACUAUUGCUUUGCUCUUUCAAGUAUGGUAUGCAGGUAUUUAGAUUUUGCACUAAUUAUAUUUUCACUGUAUUGUUUAAGAUAAAUCCAAAUUGAAGGUGCAAAUGGCUAAAUUAAUAAGUGCCCUUUAUCCAAAAAAAUAACUUGAUUUGAGCAUGGGAGCUGCUGGAAGCGUUUUGAUUGAUAAAACCAUGACCAGGUCACGUGGCCUUUUUAUUAUCCAUUCUAAUACUUUUCCCCCUGUUUUUUAUCCUCUUUAAAGGCAGCGGUAAGUUCUGCAGUAGGAUCUGCUCCUGAGCAGACAAAAUCUAUGUGUGGUGUGCUGCUGCUGUAAUCCAUGACAUCUUUCAGCCAAAAUGUGCUGCUUAAAGUUCUUAGCAGUUACAUUAACUCACGAACCUUCCGUCAACGUUUUUUGUUUGGUUGUUGCAACAGCAUUGCAUGUUGCUGUUUCAAUGGAGGAAUAGACUGUCUUCUUUGCUUCCAUUUUCCAAUGUAUUUUCAAAGUCUUCUUACACCUGGUUCUUCCUUCUUUCACUGUGUUAACUCUUGUGUUUUGCAGUUGUUGCUUUUGACAGUUUGCUUUGUUGGAGUGGAAACCUUCAUAGAACCAUGUUCCUUGGUGUUACUUCUGUAUGUGGCGUUAGAGUGUGAACACGUAUCUGCUAUAGUUGUAGUCUGGGUAGUGUUGGAAUAACUAUGAUUUUGUUUUCUGUUGCUCUACCUACCACUCCGUAGCAGUACCAGUUUACUGACUCUGAGGCUGAGGUAAAUGAAUGAGAAAGUCAAUAUUGUGGUAAACACGCUGCAUUAGAGCUUAAGGAUUGUGACGUGCCCCUGUUAGUGCAGUCAGUGGUAUUAACCGCCACCUAGCUCAUCCAUCUCGGCACUCUUUACUACUGCCUGGCUUAGUGUUGCCCUGACAACAAGCAUAUUAGUCAAGGUUCAAUGGGAGGAUUCCAUCUCUCGUCUCUGUAUCCAUUCAUCCAGGUGAUAGCUACUUCCCCAUUCAGCUACAGUGUUGAGGGAUUUUUUAUUAUUGGUUUUUGGGUAUAAAUACUGAACACCCUUUGAUGGAGUGAAAUCCAAACCCCUGCGUCCAUCCUUUUAUUUGUUCAGAAGCACUGAUCCUAGAUCAGUGUUGUUGUUUGUUUCUGUGCUUUGACUGUGACCGAUCCAGGGAUAUGUAUUUUGGGAAUAUUUCUUGCUGUUAGGGUCAGGAUAUGAAAUUGUUGCUGUCACUCAUCCCAUUUCCACAGACAAUUAGUCAACACGGCAUAGUGCCUUGGUCAUUAAUGUUAAUGUGGUGGUGUAAUCUGUUGUUUUUUUUAGUCUUCAUACUGCUUUUGACGUCAUUGUUACAUGAACACCUUCACAUUUGGGUUUCCAUUGUUUUGUUUUCAUUUUCUCUAGUACUGUAUGUACUAUAACCAUAGUGUGUAUUUUUGGCUUCCUCCUAGGGAUUCUUUGAGGAUGAAGAUGGUAAAGAGUAUAUCUACAAAGAACCCAAAUUCACCCCACUGUCAGAGAUAUCUCAGAGGCUACUCAAGCUCUACUCUGACAAGUUUGGCCCAGAGAAUGUUAAGAUCAUUCAGGACUCUGGGAGGGUGAGAGUCAAAUUUUUACUCUUGGUAUUUGACCCUCGAUUUGUGUUUUGAUGGUUCUGAUUGGUCCUUUGUGUUACGUGUCCUAUCCAGAUAAACCCUAAAGAUCUAGACUCAAAGUAUGCCUACAUCCAGGUGACCCAUGUCACCCCAUUCCUGGAAGAGAAGGAGCUGGUGGACAGGAAGACAGACUUUGAGAAGAGCCACAACAUCCGGCGCUUUGUCUUCGAGAUGCCCUUCACCGUGUCGGGGAAGAAGCAGGGAGGGGUGGAGGAGCAGUGCAAACGCAGGACCAUCCUCACCAGUAGGUGUUCCACUUCAUCUAGGCAGUUGGGGCCAAUGAAGGGACCCAUAGGUAGACAUCUUAUUCCGACUUUAUGUUCAUGGAUGUACAGGAGGCCUGACAAAAUCUGUUAAGAUAAGAUAUAAGAUGUUCCUAUUACUUACACAGUACCUAUAGAUGACUCUCACAGAAAAGAAUGUGCACAAAUAUCAGACACAUUCCUUAUCACUCAAACAUGAUCCAUCAUACUGCUUAGAACAUUCCCUGCGUGUAGCUGGAAAAGGGGAGGCAUCCAGGUAAUCUACAGAUAUGCUCGGUGCGACACGUAGCUCAGGAUCCAUCUCUGGGGCAUAUGAGUAACGUCAUAAAUUACGUAUUACAGUCAAUCAACCAGAACCUUUGCUCGCAUUAUACAGGGAAUAAUAAUGGUCAUUAGCAGACGCUUUCCAGAGCGAUCUUACAGAGCAAUUAGGUUUAAGUGCUUGCUAAGGCACAUGACAGAUUUUCCUAGGGGUCGGGAUAGAACCAGCGACCUUUGGUUAUGGCACACCUUUGCUACCUGCCUCCACGAUACAUAAACUGUAUCUCUACCUGGCAUAACAUUGCUAUUGGAAGGGUCCUGUGCAAUAAUGGCAAUAUCUGAUUAGGUUCUGAGUAUGUCAGCUCUUUGUUACUAAUAUUUCUUCAUCCUAAUUGGUUGUGUUUUAUUGUUUUACAGUAUAAAAGACUGCAAUGUACAAACUUUAUCUUGUAUCUUCAUUAUCUGAAUAAGGCUGCCUUGCCUCAAAGGUCUUUCUUUAGUGAGUGAAUGGGCAAGUCUCACGCUGUAGAAACUGCUUAGAACACAUAUCUGUCUGAACCCCUAAUAAACGCAUGUGUGGGUGAGGAUGUUUUAUGCACCUAAUAGGGUGAGCAACCGUGUUCACAUCCAUUUUCUCUCAAUCCCUCUCUUUCUCAAUCUCUCUCUCAUAGCAACACACUGUUUCCCCUAUGUGAAGAAGCGUAUUGCGGUGAUGUACCAGCAUCACACAGACCUGAACCCCAUAGAGGUGGCUAUAGAUGAGAUGAGCAAGAAGGUGGGCGAGCUGAGACAGCUGGUUUCCACCAGUGAUGUGGACAUGAUCCGCCUGCAGCUCAAACUACAGGGCAGCAUCAGUGUCCAGGUGCAGGCCAUAAACCACAAUUCCUGUCCUGACAAACCACACCCCCUGUCCUCACUAACCACAUCCUCUUCUUACAUGCCAAAUCUUCUGUCCUCACAAACCACAUCCUCUGUCCUCACAGAGCACAGAAACACAACUUUAUUUUACCCAUUCACCUAUUUUAUUCAAUAUUUAGACGUAUUAUAUGGUAAAGACAUCCCUAAACUUGCCAAUAUAAAAUAAAUGUUCUUCUCACCUUUAGGUAAAUGCCGGUCCCCUCGCAUAUGCCCGAGCUUUCCUGGAUGAUGCCAGCACCAAGAAGUAUCCUGACAACAAGGUCAAACAACUUAAAGAAGUCUUUAGGUGAGUUCUUACGGAACACACAUUCCCAUGCCACACAACGUAUCUAUCCACUAAGUAAUUACAGAAAACCAUGAAUUACAUACUGUAUGUGUUAUGUAUGACACUGGCCUUUUGUGGAGCAGGCAGUUUGUGGAGGCUUGUGGCCAUGGCCUGGGCAUCAACGAGCGGCUGAUCAAAGAGGACCAGCAGGAGUACCAUGACGAGAUGAAGGCCAACUACAGAGACCUGGCCAGAGAGCUGUCCGCCAUCAUGCACGAGCCAGUAAGGAGGAGCUACCUGCUAGCAUAACAAACAUUGGGAUCCAAUAUUGUUUGUGCUUCAGUCGUUUUUAAUGAUUUGUACGUUUUGGAAGAAUCUGUUGUAUUUGUUCUGAUUGCAAUGCUGGUGAAACAGUUUAGUUUGAGGAUUGUUAUGAAAGUAACUGUUAUUAUAAGGCAUUGGAAUUUCAUAGUCUAAUAUUUUAUGAUCUUUGAUAACGCCUUUUUCCCUCUGUUUUUCCUUUGUGCUGACAUGAGCAGAUUGGAUGGUAAAACAUCUUUGGCAUGGGCUUCAUUACGUGUGAUUAAUCCUAAUUAAGUUGUCUAAAAUAGACCAUUUAUCCUUUAGCAUCACCUUGAACUCGCUCCCUUCCUCCCCCUUCCAGAUCAGUCCAGUGGAGGAUGGCAUGAAGAGCGUUCUUCCAGACUCGCUGCACAUCUUCAAUGCCAUCAGUGGCACACCCAGCGGUGCCACCAUCGCGGGCAUGCCCAACUCCUCCUCUGUGGUGUGAGACCCUCCGGGAAUGGCUGACCCCUGACCUCAACGCUCCGCAUGCAGGCGCCAACCAGUGUGCCAGAGCUGCCACGAGCCCCCAUUCCUGCUUCACCGCUCUCCUUAUCAUCAAGUUUGCUCUGACUAAA